GUGUUUGUGGGGUCUGGAGAGCUGAAGAGGAGGGUCUGGGUUGAUGUUUUAUUUCAGGAGUCAAUCUGGCCCUCUGCGGUUGCUGACCCCAGGUCGGACUCUUUGCAGAAGCUUGACUGUGGGGAAGACGACUCAAGUUGAAACUCAGACUAGUUUUAAACUUUGUAUCCUAGUUCGAUUGACUGACAGCAAGACGUCCCAGUAUUUUUAGACCCAGAACCGCGUAACACUCAAUCGCACAAACCCGACUCUCAGCGGCAGAGAAACUUCCUCAAACUCUUCCCCUCUCAGGUGUGACUGACAGAUUGAGGGCAGUGGGGCAGAGAUCAUUAAAGCAGACGCGCAUUAAGGCGAACCUCCUGGCACCUUGAGCUUCACCAGCUGUAGCCGGGAUUAGACGGUUUGGCUCGGAGGCUUUAGGGAAGGUGUUUGAUUCAUCAAUGGGGGGGGAGCUUCGUGUUGUAUGGCACGCUAUGGUGAGAGCGUGUGUGUGUUUGUGAGGGCAAAGCUCAUCUUAAUUAGCCUCUAAGAAAACAGGCCUUAAAUGCCUCUUCAUUCACUCAGAUUUGACGGCCUGAAUGUUGAAGGUGUUGGUGUGAUGCCAGCAGAAAAGAGGAUCAAUAAAGUGUUUUAUUACAUUUCUGCUCUGAGACGCCCCCGCCUCAGACGAUGGGAUCAGGUAUUGAGGUGAGCUGUGAGCAGAGAGGGAAAUAGGUUUUCGUCAUGUGCUUGCAGUUGCAGAAAGCAGACUGGCCGCCGUUAAGACUCUCACAGGCCCAAAAAGUCCAGAAAAUCCAAGGUUUGCAGAUUUGUCCUGCAAUCCGUGCACGCAUCCAAGACGAAUAAACAUAACAUGAUAUGUAAACCAGACCAUAGACUGUAUAUAGAAUGGACAGCAUCUGCCUCCUCACUGAGAGAAGCCACCCCGAGUAUAGGUCAUAAAUCCCGCCUCCUCCAGCAAUCCCUAUGUAACUGUGGACAAACUUCAGAAAUUUGACACACCCCUGGUUGCGAUGUUUUUUCAGUGUCGCUCCGUUUUUAAAAGUUAUCAGGGGGUUCAUGUUUUCUACGAUUGACACUUGAUACAGCCUAUGGGCGUACGAAGAUUGCGUAGCUCACCCGGGGGAUACGCUGUUUGAGCUGAGCGUCAUCACAGCGACUCUCGGUGACUCUUCCGCCGAAAUCGCACAAUGCUACUGCACGAUGUUGGCUUCAGGAAGUGGAGAAAAAAUGGGAACUUACCGAGAGCUUUUUGGCUUCAAAUCCAUAUACUAGUGGAAGGCGGAAAAAAGUUGUCCAUGGUUUACCCAGUCUAUAAGCCAGACUCAAGUGGCCACUCAAGGAACUGCAGUUAUUUGCCCCUCAGCCCUGGAUGCAGCAGUUCGACUGUAAAAAUCGGAUUUAACCGCCCCGUUCUUUACACUUCUAUUAUCUUUAUGUUGGGUUUUAUUGCUGACACACUCCCACUGUGGAUUCCCUCUCCCCUGAGGUGCACGGCUGCAGAAACAGCUUGACUCCGGGUGCAUAAAUAAUUCACAUCCAUAUCUCUUUAGAGCGCGAGCCGGGCCGAGUGGUUCUGCCUGUGAUUUGCUGCAGCGGACACAGAGGCUGCUCAUAUCUGUGGAAGUGUUAAAGUGAGUAAUGCUUGUAGCUGCAUCAGGACACCGCGGAGCAUUAGUGACGGAUGACUGCCUGUGCUGCAUUAAAAGCUAUCAGCGGGGGCCGAUUGCUGGGGGCUCCAAUUUUCAGAAAUGAAAAUGCAACAUGGUGGAAAACCCACAGAAGUCGAUGUUGAGCUUUGGAUGAUACUGAAGUUUACAUUUUUCUCAGACUGAGCAGCUUAGUGGCCGCUGGGAUCCAUUUCUUUGUCAGGUCUUGGUCAUAUUUUUCUACCUGGUUAAUUUGACACCAUCUAAAAUGAAACAAAAGCACGAGAAACUCUCUUAUCUUACUUCCCACUCUGUGCUCUGUAUUGCAUAUGCUGUUUUACUGGAUUUGGCUCCUUGUCAGUUGAAAAAAAAAAUCACCUAAAGCCCGAAGACAAGAUACAGACGAUUUUGGAAUCACAACGCUUGCAGUAACAGCUGCGAUAAAAGCUGUGAAACUUUAUGUUCGAGUUACUGCGACAAUAAAAAGAUCUUACUUAGAGUUAAUGGGAAAGGAGCGAGUCAAUGCUGCACCAUGAUUCAUCAGACUAAUAAGAGGGGUGUGCUGUUUGGGUUUGCUGCAUAAUGAUGCAGAACAGUGGAGGGAAAAAGGACACCUUUAUUGGCUCUACAUCUUCAAAAUCUGGUUUUGUGCUCUAAUUAUGAUGAAUUAACUUGUCUGAUGCAGACAUAACCUCAGCGGUGUUGGAUCUCAACCCUCGCUGUCCGCUCAUUUCCUGAUGCUAUUCAUGUAAGUCGGGAGCAUUGCCGGGAUUCACAGGUGCGUCAUCACCUUCACUUUAUUUAGAGCCAAUGUUCUGUGUUAAAUAUAAAGCGAGGGCCCAAACGAGUCAGAUUCUUCGGUGAGUGGCGUGACGCGGCCGGCGCUUUCCAUGAUGCAGCAGAAACUGUCAGAGCCACGGAGACCAACAGCCGCUGCUGGACGGACCUCAUGCCAGAUUAACAAUGUAGGAGAACCAGUAGAGUCUUGGCUGGUAUUUUGUCACUUCCUUUGGUGGUAGCGUAAGAUUUCUUAGAAUCGACUCCCUCAAAAUCAUCCUCAAAAGGUGGUCAGCCAACCAGCUCUUCCAGUAAAACCAUUAAAAUGGAGUAGCUGUGUUUCAAGUAUGCAGCCCUCAAAGUACUUUUGCAACACAAGUUAGGAUCUUGUGGGUGCAAGACAACUAUCUUGGAAAGUUAAGUAAUCGUCGUGUUCGAAGAUACAGGCUUGUGUAUCUCUUUUUUUCAAUCUUUAGCCAAGCUAAGCUAACCACCUUCUGAACAAAGCUUCAUCAAGUUGUCCAGGUGGUUUCAGUCCAUCUGUGUCCGUUGAAAAUAAAGUUUAAACUGCUCGUAUACUAGGGUGACCUAAAAAGAGGACAUGACUACGCUGGGGCGGAGUCACAGAGUCGUGUGUAGUUAAUUUUGAGAGUUUUUCGGGUCGGAUUGAGUGUUUUUUUAUGCGCUUCUAACUCACUAAGUCCACGCGACACGAACUCAAAACUUCUACACAAAACCCCGGACAUUUGAAGGGUUUUAUAAGAGGAUAUGUCUGCGUAAAAGAAGACGUAUGGUCACCCUAUGGCAGUGGUUCUAAAAUGAUGGAUCCUAAACCAAAAGAGGGUUGCGGACACGUUCUGGAUGGGUCACAAACAGCUGGUCAAAAAAGUAAAUAUUUAAUGCGCUAUUUAUUAGAUAAUCGAUGUGCUCUGGAAUGUACUUUACUCUAUAAAACAAGUGGAUUUGACUUUGAUUGGGACCAUGGGAAAAUGUGAGUCCCAGAGUGAGACCGGUUGAGGACCACUGCCCCAAGUUUCGGCGAAUCAAAGCCGAUCCUGUCCUCCAUGGGUACAGCUCACUUUGUGGAUGUAUAUUAUGUAAAAGAAAUCUUUACAGAUCUCCCUGUCAUGCCAACCUCCACAUGAACCGGCUCACAUCUCGCUGCUAUUUCUGCUUUGUGAUCCCACCAGGGCAUCGCCUUUGGUUGUGAAAUUCUCGGCAUAUGUAACAUGAUUGGAUAAAGCGACACAGGUGGCUGCAGGACGCUAAAAAUGCACUGCAGAGAAAAAAAAAAGAUAAAAUAAAACAGCCCGAGGAGCCGUGCUGCAGGUGCCCCCCUUCCAACUCCGGCCUCCAUUGUUGCCCCUCUGUGUGUUUUCCGUCGCUACAGAAACAGACCCCGGGCUUAACACGGCUCUGUGACUCCUGCAUACGCUAAAUGACAGGGUCAAUUAUCAGGCUAUUUUCUGAUGACCCACUAACAUUUCGACUGCUGCCUCUUAUUUAAGAGGAGCCCGGCAUGUUAAGAGCACACAGGAACCGGGGAGGGAAAGGACAAGAGCGUAACAGCAGUGAGAAAUGUCAGCGUCGCAGGGUAUGACAGGUAAUUUACUCGCUUUAGUUCCGACAAUGACAACGCAGAGUUGGAAAAUGUCCGAGAGCGGCGUGAGUUUUAUAGAGUGGGAUUGCGUUUGGCAGGAGGGCGACUGGGAUGAGGCCCAGGGCUCGACAGCGUGGUGUCGGUGAGGGUGAAAGAGGGUGCGUUCCACCCAUCUGCCAGGAUGACUCAUAGGCCGUGCAGGGGGGCCAAAGCCACAGUCCUGCCUCACAGUUUGGUGUCCAAGUGAGGAGGAUAAACUGCGGUCUCAGACGGUGUGUCCUGAGCUUUUAUUUCAAAACAACCUCCAAUUUUUCUCUUCGGCUAUUCCCGUCAAAAUCAGAGACAUCCAAGCAGAAAAUCUCCCACACCCACUUUUGUCAAUCACACAAAAAAACGCAUGAAGGUGGGAAACUCUUCACUGAUGACUCACACCGACAAUGCAAACUUCCCUGUAGGGGAACAAAAGUGCAACGCUGCUUAAAGAAGUGAAGCGGCGCGGACUUUGUGAACAACAAAAACAUGAGUCAGCUCAAAGAGGAAUGUUGUUUUGCAGCUUGGAAGGAGCACAGUCACUGAAUAUUAACAAAGGCAGGGAAGGAGGCAGGGAACUGCACUAUCAUCGUCUGCGCUUUCAGAUCGGGGUUACCUGGGGAUAGAUGGUAUCUCUUGUGGUUUACAGCGAAGCUCAGGCCAAAGCAUUGUCACAUGGAGUCUGGUGGGAAGUCACAUUUGGUGCUUUGUUGUCUUUUCCUCUGUGGUGUGGUUUAUUUUGGACUGAUUGGAUUUUUUUAGCCUGUUUCAGAUACUCUUGUUGGUUUCACCACUUUCCAAUAAAGCGUCCCAGUCUCAGUCAGUCUGGAUCCUCUUUAAGAGUUUGUUGUUUUGGUUUCCUAGCCCACUAACUCCUUGUUAAGGCGACUCUAAUGGGUUUCAUAUUGAAAUUUACAGACACAACAGCAUUGUUUCUCUUUUUCUUUAACAAGAAAUUCAACCAGAGGACGAUAAAGACGAUUAAAGUUUAGUAUCUUGUUGAUGCUGCCCCCAUGUGGCCAUAAAAAAACUGCAAAAUGCUGUUUGGACAGCCGUGAAAACGCAGACUUUCAUGUAGAAAUUCGUCUUCUAUCACUCUGCAUUUUUUGGUGGUUAUUUCGUGAUUAUUUGUGAUACUUGUAACCACCGAUGAAGUCCAAAAACAUGAUAAAGAGAGGGACAGUCAGGCUGUUUUAGCGAUUGGAUUUGGACGGCAUUAAAAUCACAGACCAGCAGUCCAGGUAAUCCUGAAUCCCCCUGGAGAAAUUCAUACUCCGCGAGAUAAUGAGAUCCUGGUCCCUGUUAAUAGUGCGCUAACAGAACACCUCUGGACAUUUCAGACACACUAACUCCAGUAAUUGCUCAUUACAAACAAAUCACACCUUCCUGUUUGUUUGCAAACCAGAGAUCCUGAUUGAUCUGCUGAUGGGCAUUAUUCCCGAGGCCGCGGUGUCAGAAGGUCGAUGCUCUAAUUACUGCGCAGACAUUUGACUUGUAAAUAGCUGGUGGUGUGACUCACCAAAAAGCAUAUGGGGUGGGGGGGUUGCUUGGCAACUGCAGAGGGCAGAGCUGCAGGGACAGAAAGGUGUGAAGAGGCGAAGUUAAGCUGAGAUUUAAUUAUCCUUUUGAAUGUCUUUGACAGAGUGAAACAGGAAGCUGCGUCCAUGGAGAGUCAUUCCCCUGGAUGGAGAAGUUUAAGUUCAUGAUAUACGGCGGUAGAAAGUGGACUUAAGUCAACUUUUAUUGGUGAUCUAGGACCUGUGAAAGUAUUUGAAGGUCCCCGGGCGUCCAUAUAGUGGUCUGUAAUGGAUGAAAAAGACUCACUUUGCAGUUUUAAAUUCAUAAAAUAAACCAUAAAAGACUGAACUCUUUCCCAAACACCCCAGAAGUCCUUUAAUCUGAUGUUGAUCCUGCUGGCAGGUGGAGGACCUGCAGAAAGUGGCUUUGCUAGUUUGCUUCAGAGUCUCAGUGGACACCCGACUCAAAACAAAUCUGCAGCGUCUCAUUAAAAAGCCUGAUGUCGUCAAAAACUGAGGUGGGUACUGCUGGGGGGGAAAGUCCCCUCGCUUCUUGCUAAAUGAAACCCUGGCCUCUGGAGGAUACGUGCAUCAGACUACAGUACAGUUCCUCAACAGGACGUGCUCCAACACCUCCGGUUAAACUCCUCAGUUCUGCUGUGAGGGGGAUUGGAUGACCCCUAAUUUUAGCGCGAGGUUCGUCGGCCACUGGACAGAUUGGAUUACGAGCAAAAAGAAGAGGACGCAGCAGUGAUAAAUUUGGGGCUUAGAGAAUAAACACAGAGUUUCUCCGUUAUUUAAAACCUUAAAUUUACAUUUAUACCCUCUUGAGUUUGGACAGUCCAAGCAGGCACUCAUGGAUCUGAUCCAGGGUGGCAUAUAGACACAAAUAGACCCAGGAGAGGACAAUGAAUUAAAGAGCCGACCACCUGCGCCGAGGUUAACCUCUUCUCCAAUAACUGCCCAUCUAAAAACGACACCGACACGCUGCUAAUUUCUGAUAAAUAUACAGCUAUCCUUUUUGGAUUGUGUGAUGACAGCUCAAAGUUGGUGACAUAUGGUACGAGAUAUUUCUGUCGGAUCCUCACGCUGAAUAGUAAGCCAAAAAAGCUACAAGCCUUGACGUCACCGAUCGGGUUGUGGACGGCUAUAUUUGAGCCUUGAGUUGAUCAUACAGAGUGUGACCGACUUAUUCUUUGGGAAACAUUUCCCGGCUGCUGUUUCUGCUAGCCUCGUUGGCAAGUUGCAUCGGCAAUUACAGGGAGUAGCGUUUCUUGGAAGGUUAUUUCUGGCCGACAGCCUCCCAAAAAGCAAUAACAGCUGUUUUUCUGUACAUGCUGUGUGCUAUACUGGACAUUUUUGUGUCUGUAACUGAACGCAGAGCUAGUCCAGGCAGGCCACAAAGUCACCUCUAUGCAUCUGACUGAAAAUCGUUGGAAUAGGCUCAACUUUAGCUCCUCCUUUAGACUCUGUCUGAUUUUCCCACCUAUACCCUAACCCUGUUUUCAACCUGGGGGUCUUUGCUGCUGUUCUCCCCGCCUCAGGCUUUGUCUUUCCACACCUGCACAUGGAAGGACAGGGAGCUCUCAGGACAGAGCCACAGGAACUCUAAAGGACACUUUUUGCUACCCACUAUCCCAAAUCUUGUUGAUACAGCAGCACAGACUCGGUCUACAAGCAUGGCUCCAUGCUGCAUGAAUUUCUGAUUUUAUAAAGUGGGAACAUCUACCUGCUAAGUCAGAGGCAGCAUGUGUUCGCACUGAGGGUAAAGUGGCAGCAUGUGGAGCAGCUGAAGGAUGCAGUGAGCCUGUAAUCCUCUACUGUCAAUCCUCUGUCUCUACACAGAUGGAUGGACAGACUGGGAAUGCUUCAGCUGAUGAAUGAGUGAGUGGAGCCUGAUGGGUUUGUUUUCCACACCUGACUCAAAGCCACUCAAGGAGCUUCCCUCUUACACGCUACACCCUUUAUUUCCUUUCUUUACCGGGUGGUGUCGACUCUUAAGACUGCCAGCACAGGCAGAGCGACAGCCCGCUCGACAGCCGAUGAACCCUCUGACUUUCUAAUCUGCUAAAAUCUCAAGAGUACGUUUUUGAGAUCUUCUCUUCCAGGAAACGAACGAGAGACAACAACUAGAGAGUCAUCUCAGACAUCUAAUGUCUGAACGUUACUGAUCCAAGUAUCCAUUCAACAUGCAGCAAAAUGCAGAGAGACGGACUUGGAGAAAUGCAACACGUGGAAAUAAAGUCACAAAGAGUCCUGCUUUGAAAACAGCGUCAUCUUUUGCAGACUUAAACCACAUCUUUUUCAGCUCUCAGUGAAUGUUUUACAUCAGCUCUCAAACAUCUCUGAUGACCACCUUUGCAUGCACCCAAAAUAGAAGAUUAAACGUCUGAUUCAGUGUAAACAAUAACAGAAAAUAGAUGAUUUAAUAUGUGAAAGAGAAAUACAGAAUCACUCAGAGUCCAUGAGUUCAAAACUAAAAAAGUGCUGCCCUCUGCUGGAUGAACACCGCCAAGAAAUCCAGUGGCGACAGAUUUCAUCUCAGUGCAGUUAUAGACACAAAUGCAUGAUGUUGUUAUAAAAAACUGAUUAAAUGUGGAGAGUAGAAGCUUUUAAUGAGAAAUAAGGAAAGAAAAUUGACUCAUUUGUUGGUGUCAAACCAAAACUAAGUAAAACUAAAUGUAACCUCAAACCAGCGUGGAUAAGAAGUGACGCCAUCAUUUGUCAGUAGGUCUCUCCUCCGUGUUUUUAAAUCAAACAUCGUUCGGACCUGACACCUGUCUGGCUGAUUUGGUGCGUCUCUGUUUGGGCAUGUUUGGGCUGCAGCAGAGGGGAUCGGGGUGUCAGGAUGUUGGGGCUCGGAGGUGAUUUGUCUUCUUCGCUGGUGGCCUUGUGCUGACAGUUAAUUCCAGAUAUUCACACCUUCCUACCAUCGGAUCUGUCUGGAUCUGCUCGGUCAUGCUAGGCACACCGAGAGGGGGGGCUGGCAGAGGAUGGAGCAGACUCAGAGGAUCACAUUUUAAAUGAUGGAAAGAGAUCUAAGCGUUUUUAAAAUGCUACCUAACCGGGGUGAAAUUCAGACGGAUAAGAUGUGAAAUGAGCUGCCUGAAACCAAAGUGGUCCAAAAAUAAUAAUCAAAACACUCCCUUAGACCAGGUGAGUGGAAUCGAGACGUGUUUACGAUACACGUUUGUUUGUGCGCGUUAAUAACUCCAGAGUUUUUGCUGCUGAUGUAACAGGUAUAGUUUUGUUUCAGAUUGUUUGAGUUUAGAGUGAAAUUCAUGAGAAAUUCAAAGCACAGAGUGAAAACUGUAGUAUGGCCUUGAACCAGAAGGUAAAACUGUGAUUUAAACCAAGUUAUCAUCUGCAGGUCAUUGGGGAAACAUUGAAGAGUGAACGGUAAGGCAAAUUUACUAUGUGUCCAAUAGGUGGCACUAUUACAGUGACACAAAUGUUGAUGUAGAUCGUUUUAGUCUGUUAUGACCAUAGACUGUAUACAGAAUGGACGCCGUCUGCCUCCUCGCUGGGUGAAGCCACCCGGAGAACAGCACCCCCUGUUGACGGGCUGCAGUAUAGGUCAUAAAUCCCGCCUCCUCCAGCAAUCCAGAUGGAGCUGUGGACAAACUUUAGAAAUGAAUUACACAGAAUAUACAUUUUUCUCCCCCCUGGUUGUGAUGUGGCUUCAAAUCCGUAUACUGGUGGAAGGCGGAACCAAGUUGUCCAAAGUAUAUACAGUCUAUGGUAGUUACUGUCGGACUGACGAAGAUUGCGUUGCUUACCUGGGGGAUACGCUGUUUGAGCCGAGCGUCAUCACAGCCACUGUCCCGCCGAAUGUGUACAACGCUACUGCACAAUGAUGGUUUCAGGAAGUGGAGAAAAAUUGCAGAAAUAACGAGAGCUUUUCGGCUCAAAUUCGUAUACUGGCGGAAGGCGGAACCAAGCUGUCCAUGGUAUAUACAGUCUAUGGUGAUGACCAUCAAACGUGAGAAAUUUAGUACAAAUCAGGCAUUUUAUAUGAAAGUUAGUUCUAUGUAUCCCUGUCACAGUCCAUGAUCAACAAAUGGAAUAACUUUUGAGAACUUUUCAUCCUCAUUGCUCACUUCACCAUCUGUGGAGUUGAUUCGAUAAAAACUCUGGGGCACAUUUGUUCAAAUAUGAACCCUGUAAACAACUAAAAUCAGAUAUUCAACUCAAAUUUCUAGACUGGAAAUAACGAUGGGUCCGAGGAGACUUUUUUACAGUUCUCGGCAUGAUGGUUGAACCCUGAGGGGAGAGCCUCAAAUAUGUAAUCACUUUGGAAGAGGAAAGAACAAAUUAAUAAUCCUGAGGUUUCCAAACAGAGGAGAAACAUUUGGAGCUCAAAAGGAUCGGAUGUUGCCGAUUGAACUGCUGGUAACCUCCAAAAAAAACCAGAGCCAGGAUACCGCUUCGAUUCUCCCGCCGUGCGAAGCGGUAAAGUCAUGCCACAGUCUGACCCACAGCAGCCAGCCUCCCACUGAACCCCGUGACCCCUCUAUGUUACAUGAACGACAUUAAAACCAUCCAGCAGCUCCAGGCCAACUCAAACCCCAUCAGCCCCGCAGCUUCUCCUCCUCAUAAUCACCUGCUCCAAAACAGACAAGGUUACAGUCUGAUGACACUGGGUGUGGAGCACCUGCCAACGCAGGACAGUCAAUACAGGAUAUUAGAUGUAUUCUGCAUGUCUGGAGCAUGUAUGAGGCUGACAUUAGGCCAAGCUAUACAUAGAGGUAUGUUCAUAGAGCUACAGUAAGGGAGUGAGGUUCGGUGCAUGUGCGUCAUGAUCUGUUGCAUCAGAAAUGCCUGACAGUCACUGUUUUCCUCUGAUGAAUGCUCAAAUGUGAUUUUAAGCUUCUAUAAAGGUAUUUUCAAGUCUUUUAAUCAUCCUGAGGAAAAUAUUUACCUUCAAGAAGUUAUUUUAAUUUCUUUUAUUGCUCCCACUUCACAUGUAACGGCUAUUUUAGAGCUGUUUUACGAGUCCUGCGCCCAAGAGCCUUCAAAGUUCAAAUCCACCGCAGCAUCUUGGCGCCCUCUGGUGCAAACCUGCGUUCCUUUUUGCUCCUUGUGCAGGAGAGUGUAACUCUCAGAUUGACAAGAAAUAGACAUUCAGUACGAGUGGGGAUCUGCUCUGUAGAUUCAGAGCUUUUCAAGCCUCCUUCUCUAUCUGGAAGGUUUUGCAUGCGAGACGUCUGUUCCAAAUCGAUGAGUGUAUGAUUUAGAAAUGCACAGUGGAACUAUCCUCUAUCUGAAUAUGAUCCUUGUCUCUUUGACAUGCAUGCAGGAUGAAAUGACAGUUUGCAGCUCGUCUAAAGGUUUUGUCGGCUUGCAUCAUGCGUUAGAGAAUGACGCCCUGAUGGCCGUUCUGGCAGGAGUAGAGUCCCUGUCAGAUAUCGUGUCUGAUUCUGACCUCGUUUUUAUUCUUCGGAGACGUUUUUUAAGGAGCGGCGCUCGACUUCAGCACGGAGGAAUUCCCAAAAGCCCUUCUCUCGUUGCUUAAUAAUCCCGCUCGCUAAUGAUCACAGGAAGCAUCUCCGGCGGUUUUAUGGCACCUUGUCCGACCUCGAGGCCGGGAGCUCUGAUCGCUACCUGUUGCCGUGGCGACCCCUGCACUGUUUGUAAACAUUUGAGUGUUUCUUUUGUUCGGUUGGACACUGGUAACCCCUCCAGCGCAGCGCACAGCUCUUAACACUCUGACAGUCCAUCCGUCAGGAUAGAACUGAUGCAUUUAACACAGUUCAACAAGACUGAAGAGAGGAAACACGAGAACUUAUCGGCCUGAGACGUUCGUGAUGGCUUCACAGGGACUAAUCACACACUUAAUGUCAGUGUGUCUGUCAUUUCAACAUGACGGAGAGGUCAUCAUUACAACUUAUCUGUUGAUUUAUUCGUCUCUAAAAGAUGUUUUUUGUUUUUUUUCACCCACUUCUGCUGAAUAAAUCAGAAUUUUCCACUCAGCAAAAGAGAAAAGCGUUAUUCUAGGAUGUAGUCUGAUGCAGUAACAAUGCAUGUAAGAGGAAACUCCCUGCUAAAUCAUAAAAACUGUGAAAUACUGUCUCACACCGAAAAGCGGAUAUUUGAUUCCACAGCCCAGCAGGUGGGUGCCACCUCACAUUCAUCACACCUGAGCUAUAAAGUGAAAAACGAGCGAAAUCUGAUCUGAUUUUAUACAUCUGAUCCGACUGCCCUUCCUCUUUGUUCGCCUCCUACUGGACAAAGUGACUCUGAAACACUGAAGCUUGACUUUACAGUCGACACAAUGAGUGUUUCAAACUCGAUUUGUUUUACCGUCUGAGUUCAAAUGGCUGAAAAGACACUAACAGGCAAAACCACCCAAACAAUAGAUGAUAUAAUGAAUAACUGUGGGUUUACAUGCUUCGAAUGACUCAAUCAGAAGUUGUUUUUGAUGAUUUAGAGCAAUAAGGAGGCAGAUGCUUGAUAACAGGAAUUUAUGAGCUAAUAAUGGAGAUGUUUUGUCCGUUUUUAUGGUACACAAGGGUCUGCAGAGUACAUUUCACUGAUAACCUUCUGAACUGUAAUGAGUUGUACUGUGAUGAUUCACUCUUGCCUCAGAUUGAUGUGCUAAGCUCCUAUGUUGAUUUUUUUUUUGUCAAUGAAUCGAAACUAAAAGUAAAAAUAAAGUUUGUGAAAGUCUUCUCCUGAAUGUUGAAGCGCACACUCGAUAUUUUCGUCCUUGUUUGAAAGAGUUGAAAUAAUCCAAAUAGGUCCAGUUUCCAUAGAUGAAAGCCUUUCAUGUCGAACGUAAACUAUCCUCAGAAAAAAAACUACUUUUAUCCAGUUCAAGACUAAACAAGUGGGAUCACGAAGGGGUUGAAAAACGGCGGGGACCUCUUGCAGUUUCUCUAUGUAGUGAUUAAGCGUACACUUUGUGUACAGUAGGCCGCAUACCACCUACAGAUCCUCCAUCUCUCCCUCCCUCUCCUCCCUUUCUCCGCUCUCGUUUGAUCAGCGUCUCUUCCCCUCAAUCAUAUUGACAGCAGCAUGAUGUCAGACGGCAGGAAUUUACUCUGUAAUUUGUGAGGGUGUGUGUGUGUGUGUGUGCAUACGUUACGUGAGUGUUUCUGCUCGUCCACACAGGAGUGUGGGAGAAAAAAGCGAGGAGGUGUGUGUGAUUUUUUUUUUUGCAGCACACCUGCUUCCUCACCUUUCACCUUUCUGACUUUAACGGCCCCGGCCUCGGCUCCACUUCCAGCUCCCAUGAAAAGUGAAGUCAUGGCUUUAAAAAAAAUCUUAUUUUAGCCGGAGAGCGCUCAUGGUUGUACCUGAGUGUGUUUGGCAGGGGUGUGGAUCCAGACUAAAUAUCAUAAAGCGCCAAAAUAAAACUCCUAAUUGCUUACUCAAGUGUUCAGAUGUACGAUAAAAAUACUAAACGGUCGUUACAGACGGACUUCAUGAGCGUUUAUGAGUGAGGGACUGGCUGGCCGGUGGGCUCGGUGAGUUCAUGGCAUAAAAACUCCUUGAAUGAAUGAGCCUUUUGACCCGGUAGCCAGUCGAGGAAGCCUUGGUGGUCCCGGCGAGACGAGCCCAAACUGCCAAGUGUUUCCAGUAACAGCUUUUGCUCUUGGCUCGGGUCACUGGACUCGCCGGUUAAUGAGAGAGAGAGGUAAUGGAAGGGGGGAAUUUAUGAAUGAAUGAGCCGUUUUUAUUAAUAAUGCUAACUCUGAUACCGCUUUGGUCCAAACAGAAAUAUAAAUCAGGAAAGUCGAGUUGAGAAUCAGCGAGUAUUCAAGUUUACUCAGGCAGCGUUUCGUUCUAAGCGCCUCGGUGUCAACUGCAGCUUAACUUUGCUUAAUACAACAACUUUCUUCAGCUCUUUGUUUGAGUGCAUGUGUCCGCUUGCUGCAGCCCUGAUCCCCUCUGAGAGCUCCUGUGCAUGCACACAUGUUCAACAUCCCAUUAUAAAUGUAUGCAUACCUGAAAUGAAAAGUCACUGAGCCUGUAAACCAAAGACGUACUUCCAUUAAUCCUCUCUCUGUGUAUUAUUGAGCUCGGGCUUGAAUGAUCCCUUUCAAUGUGUCGUCUUUAUUGCCCAAACCGAGCCGAGCGGCCAAGUUCCUUGCAUAAGAUCUGAGCACCUGUUAAACAUAAUAACAUCACCUUUUGGCGUGGAUCCCCCCGCUCACAAAGUAAUAAAAGGACUGGAGUUUAUUCAGGCCGCUCUGACAGAAACGUCUGACACUCGCUGGAUGGGAUUAGUAAGAGGACAAAGCACGGAUAAGUCAUCUCUGGGCGGUUUUACCCUCGUCACACGCCUGUUCAUUCUCUCUCUUAUCGACAACAAGUACUUUAACAGAUGGAGCUCAUGAUCUGUUAUUGUUGUGCUAGAGGCGCAGGUAAUAACUUGAUAGGAGGAGGUCUACACAUAGAUCAUGUCCAAAAUAUUCCCACCAAGCGCCAACGUCUUGAGAAAAGAAGCAAAAGCAAAAAGAGAAAAAACUGCAGUUCUUCAAGUCGCCACUAGAGGCUGAAUCUAAAGCAAAGGCAGCCCCAUUAAAGGGAUAUUCUGGCAUAAAAUGAAUUAAGGGUCAAAUGCACUGUUACACCAAGUUAGACACCCCCUUUAGAGAUGAAUGUUGCCGACCGUUUGCUUCUCUAGUUAUACCAACUUAAGUAACGACCACAGGUUUGUUUAUGGCUCCUCAGACCGCUGUGUAUUGCUAUCGUGCGGCCGUUACUAAAGUUGGUAUAACCAGAGAAGAGAGCGGUCGGCAACAUUCAUCCCUCGAGGGGGUGUCUAACUCUGUGUUACGGUGUGUUUGACCCUAAAUUAACUUUACACCGGAAUAUCCCUUUAACUCUAAAGUUAAAAUAUUGAUUUCUACAGUCAUAUUAAACAGGUUUUCAGCCCUGUACAAGAACAGCUUUGGUCUGUUCAGUCCAAGCCUGGCUCGGCUCACUACGGUGGUUUGUGGUGUAGUUAAGUGAAACAGGAUCUGGCGUCAACACGGGGUGUUUUAUUUUGAAAAUUAAGCAGAUAUUUUAACUUUGUUUUAUUUUAGAGUCUGACUCCGGAUCUCUCUCAGCCUGUCCUGAGCUUUUUUAAGUAUCGUACUCCAGUGUCCGGCAAAAAUAGAGGCCGUGAAAAUCUGUAGCAGAAGGUUCUGGAGCUUUUUAUAAAGCAGCUAACGCAAGAAACAAAUUUAGUGAGCUUCCAACAGGCCAAGCAGCAGUUUUGGAUGUCUUGAGAUUAAGGAGGUGCAUCAGAUGAAGCCAGACCUCUGCUGAAGUCCUGACUGAUUCUGUUUGACUUUCAGGUAAACGUUUUACUCACUAAUACGACUGUUUUUGAUUUUAACUGACUGAAACACCCGUCAGGGCUCUGAUGGGGUUAUCUGGGGUCUCCUUCAACACAUGUCGACUAAUUAACCGCAAUUUGGCACUUUCGUCUUCACACCUUCACCGAGCUGACGUACAGCGAGGUCACGGAGGAAAUAUGUGCCCACACAGCGCACACAAGCGUUUUUAAGAGCCAAUGCUUAAGCUCCUCCAGCACAGGAAAGCCCAGAGGAAAUUUCCAAGCCGCAUCUUUUGUUUGGCAGAAACGCUUUCCAAAGUCAAUUAACACUCUGUGUUUAUUUGGAUUUGAACUGUGAUGCUGAAAAACUGACAGUGAUGGGAUUUUGAGGCUUAAUGGUGAAGAAAAGUGGGAUUAACUUUGGUUUUCUUCUAUCUACUGUAGUUUAACUGCCUGUUUAAAUGAACACUCUUAUUUUCAAAAAAUGCUAUAACGUUGGGGAUAAAUCUCUUCAACUUCCCAUGAAGAUCUCAUACUUUACAUCUUCUGGUUCAAAUUUGCAAAGUGCAAAUCCUUAAGGAGCGGAUUUGAGUAAUGGAGGAAAGGUGUAAAGGAGUCUAACUACACUUCAACAAAUUAUUUACACCACCAUAUGAACACAAAUCAGCCACUUUUGGCCGGCUUUUAUGGACUUUUUCUCGUCGUAAUGGUGCAUCAGAAAUUGGCCCCUUUUUCUCUGACUGUCCAAUAACUUAUAACAGAGUCCACAAAGAUCAGGGACAUCACUCACCAGAGAUACAGCACCGAUCUCCAAACUCAUUUACCCGUCUCCCACGUUGACAGUGAGGGGCUGAUUUGACGAUAUGUCAGGUCCGGUAUGGAGCUUUUUUCCUGUCCCCUCUGUGAACUUUUUUUAUGAACUAUGUGAUAAAUUUGUGAUCCAUCUUGGAGAUUUUGCAGAUAUGUGAUACUUGCACAUGUAGGAAUCCCAGCGGGGCUGCGUAACAUGUCUGUGACCCUUCGGUUUGUUGCACAAUCUUGAUUCCUAACUGUGUCCUGCAGCUUUCAGUGCACGAGUGUUUGUUGCAUCAUAGCUUUAUUAAUAUUAUCCAGCUGUAGCUGUGGAGCAGUGACUGAGAGCCUCAUUAAUAAUGCAUGUUAAAUUAUUAGACAGGUUACAUACUGUUCUAAUGAUGCAGGGAUAAGUUACAUGUUGCACUAAAAAACUUGGUGUGCACAUAUGCACACACAUUUGGAGCGGCUCUGUGGAGAUCUGAGUAAGUGGAUGUGGAGUCUGUCUUAGACUGCAGGGAAUUACCUCAGCUCAGAAUCAUGUGGCGCCUUGCCUAGAGUGUGCACAAUGCAAUCAUCCAGCCAUCUUUCUUACUCAUAAACUGUCAGAGGGCCUCACACAGAGGCCGGACACACACGGCAGCGGCAGCAGCUCCAACACAAUGUUUCAAAGGUGCAAUUAAGGCAUCUCAGGCAAAUUCUGUCAGGGGUGUGAGAUGUUCCUCUCUGUCAUACCACUUAUUUAUGCUUCCUUUCCAUACAGACACUUUGUUUUGAAUUAUACAACCAUCACCACCCGUACACUUCCAUGCAUCUUUUAAGUUUGGGUGGACUGGGAACCACUUCAACAAACCAGGCCUGCACAGAUCUCCAUUAGUGUUGUGUUGUUUGCGAGUGAUUUGUUCAAAAGAACCAAAUCUUUUAAGUGAACGCACUGAACCGAAUCACUUUCUUAAGUGAUUCGUUCGUUUCUCACUUCAGUUGAACUGUCGAGCUACAUGAUUCAGUGAUUUGGUGAACAAAUCUUUUUAUUGAACUGAUUCUAGUGAUUCAGUACAUCUAGAAGAACUGCCGUGCCCAUCACUUGUCUCCAUGUCUCCAUGAAACUGAUUUUACGUACUUGUUUAUGGGUGAAGGUUACAUUAUAUAGUUUUCAAUCAACUUGCGAAAUGUUUGCUUGGCGCCCCCUGUGGGCAAAGUGCUACUUUCAGAUUUUGUCCAGUGCUUGUACAUUUAGUAAUUCUUGACUUAAAUCGUACAGGCACUAAAAAUUACGGCAUAGAAACAGAAUUUUUUUUGCUUUCGCUCAUUUGGGGGGGUUUUCAGGGUCUUACAGUGGCAUUAUUGUUCAUUCCAGUGUUUCAUAGUAAGUUUGAAACUAUUUACAGGAACUUUAAAUUAAAUACAUGAGAAUUAUUUGGAGAAUGAGAACUACACAUGAGCAAACGUAGGCAGAAUAACCCCCACAACGAUCGCUUUAUAGUGCCACAGGCAUUUAGAAACAUAAUCAGUCAAAAUGAAGCUUUAUUACACCAAUUUUACUGCAAAAACUGCUUAAAAACUGCAGAUUCAUUAAUUAUUAAGCUCACACUCUUUUUGUUUGAAACUAUCUGACUCUCCUCAAAAAAGAGCUUAGAUCAUCUUUAUUUCUGAGCUGUUUGGGCGCUUUGACACUUUUUCUGGCUACAAGUCAGGACACGCUUCAAGAGCUGCAGCGAGAUGAAAAAAUAAAACUUUGUUGGGAAAUAUCUUGAGCAACAGUAACUUUUCAGCCUUGUUGGAGAACUUUUGAUAAGACUCGAGCAGGAUACACAAUGAUGUAAUGCCUUCAGGCAGAUUAUUCCCCUGAACAUCAAAAACUCAGAAAUGAGUCUCGGCAUGCGGUUUGCUCUAGUCCUAGUUUGUCUGUUUGAUGUGUUUACUUUAGCUGAAUAUAAAGGUGAAAAAUAAUAACUCUCUUGGCCCUGGAAGCUUAAAGUUCUUGUGCUUGUGAGACUGCAGCUUACGACAUUCAUGUUAUUAUGAUAGCUCGAUUUAUCAUAGUCAGUGAGUCACUGAAUGGCCCAUUCAUAAACCAGAUGUCACAAAGACGCACUGUGUACUCCAAACAGACCUUGGUAGGUAGCCAUUAAACUCUUAAGUCAUGGCUCAACGUGAUGUUACCCCUUUUUCCGAUCACUUUCUGGGCUCAAAGACACUUUCAACCACCCAUCAUCAUCAGUGGAACAAAGUUGGUACACAAGGACAGCGCUCUGUUGCUGUAAACUGGUUUUUGCCAUCGUUUCUGGGCAAAAAUUUCAUGCCAUGGUGAAAUUCAUUGACAGUAAAUAACCGCUGUCACUUUUGAGUAAUCUGUUGCGACAGGACUUGAGGCUCAGGUUCCAAAAAAUUUCUGGCGAAGUCUGAGAACUGUGGCGUAAUAACGCUUUGUGGCUGGUGGUAUGACGCUGCGAUUAUGAUUGUAUUCCGCUGAGUGACUAAUAAUAACAUAUCAGACGAUGACGACAUGCCGAUGGUUGUAGAGAUGACAAGGGAACUGGACGUAAUAUGUGCAUCUGAUUUAAAGCCAGCGUGGAUUAUGAGGACAGAAUGUGCAUGUCCUGACAAGAACAGUGUUUGGAUCAUCUCCAAGAAGGUUUGACAGGGCGGGCUGAAACAUUUCCUUGUUAUCGUCCUUACAGAUUUAUUAGGAUGUCUUGUUUGGGGAAUUUUACGCAGGUCAGGGUGCAGACCCGAGUCUUUGAUGCUGCUUUUCCUGUCUUGGCUUUGGCAUUUCAUUAAUGCACAAGGAAAGGCAGGAAACUCUCCAAACACAAUCACUGCACACAAUAAUUCAUCUCCUUGGCUAUUGUCGUCCCAAUGGAAGUGUCUUUAACCUUGCAUUGUCUUCUACUCAACAGGUAAAGGAACAUGCGAUCCCGCAGCAACAGUCUGGAGGACGUAACGAAGGCCGAGCUGUCCCAACAGCACACAGAGGUACGCAAGAGUUCUGCAGAGCGUGAGGACCCUGCAGGAAGGACCGAGCGUCGCAGCCGACACCGAGAACCGCCUGACGACACCGGCACCAUCCAACGAAAUCACAAAACGAGUAAGAACAGCACCUGUGCAAGCGGGAAUGGGAGCAGGAGUAGCAGUGCCAGCGGUGCAGCAAAGGGUGGUCGCAAGGAAAAGGCCAGGGACCUUUCCCGAGAUGACCUCGUCUUCCUCCUGAGCUUGCUGGAAGGGGAACUGCAGGUAAUCCAAGCUGUGAAGCCGUUGGACUUAACCCUGGGAACAUUUAGGCGGUACAGCAGCAGACUGGCCUCCAGACGUGGCACGAGCCCAAGUCGGACAUAUAGUCAGACAGUCAGUCAGUGGGCACUUGAGAUGGACUAAAAGCUGGUGUUAAUGGAGAGUGAACAGCUGAGACUACUUACUGUCAUUCCAACACUAGAUCCAGGAAUCCCCUGGCACUGUUGUUGUGUGAUGGAAACAAGGCAAAGUCUGUCUUAUUGUAAGCGAAACCAAAGGAAGUGGAGCAGCUUUUAUUUUGGAGAUUUAGUGAAUUUAGUUUUCAAAUAAUGGAGACUUUUACGAGCAAAAAGCUUGACACUAUCACAGUUUAUCAACUAGCUGUAAAUUCUGGCCUUUCUGAGAGUAGAUCCACUUCCACUGGUGUAGUCUAGGUUUUCAAACUUUCACUUUAAGGGACUGACUCAGUUUGAUCAUAACUAAUUUUCUGUCAGGGAGAGAGCAAGGCCGACACAAGGUCAGAACUCCGUUAUUAAUAUUGAGGUUAUUUACUGACUGUGGGUUGAGAUUUAUCUCUUGCUGUCUCGCUGCUGCAGUCUUGGAGUCCGCUGUGUCAAUCCACCAAAUAUACUAAAACCACAUUCACCUUUUCCCCCCACAACAGGCCAGAGAUGAGGUGAUCACGGUGCUGAAAGCAGAGAAAAUCGACUUGGCACUGUUGGAGGCCAAAUAUGGAUUUGUCACACCACAGAAAGUCCUUCAGGCCCUGCAGAGAGACUCAAUCCAGGGCAAGAGCGAAAUGCUCCAAGAGGACAUCUACGAGAGGCCCAUGGAAGAGGUAACACAGACUCUUAAGUGCAGUAGGAUUGAAAUCCCCACAACAGUCCAGAGGUGACAGAUGUUUUCUCUGUGCUGCCCCCACAGCUGGACAAGUUGGUGGAAAAGCAAAGAGAGACACACCGGCGGAUGCUGGAGCAGCUGUUGAUGGUGGAGCAGUCGCACAAACAGGCCCUGUACAAGUUAGAGGACGAGAAGAGGAACCACGGAGAGUUCAUGAAGAAGAGCGACGAGUUCACCAACUUGCUGGAGAAGGAGCGUGAAAGGUCAGUGUGUGAAUUGACACCAGAACUUGGGAAGUUAAAUGCAGCAACACCCCCGACAAAAAUGGCCACGAAUGUCGUUUCAGGCUUGGAGUAGCCAAACAUGUUUAGGCAAGUCAAUUGGCAAUAUCACACAAUCGAGUCCUUUAGAUAGAAGGCUAUUAACGCCAAUAAAACUGCUUCUUACUACCUCAUAAUACCUUCGAAUUGGAUUUUUAUCCUUACCAUCCUGUUUAUUUCUAACUGGAAGUGACCGUUUUGUAAAAUCAUUCAACUACGUCAAGCAAAUUUGGAGGAACAACACCACAAACUGCCAUAAAUUCAGUCCAUGACUGCAGCCAAAAUUAAAAUUAGCAUUUGGCAAUAACUGUCAUCUCUAGGUGCCUCCAUGUCCUUGCAGUAUAAGUACCUGCCAAGAUGCUCUUCAGAUUCAACAGACCACUCAAGCUUUCAGACAUCAGAUAUUUUGUCUUUCCCUUUGAGCUUGUGAUGAAGUAUAAGGAACUGCGGUCUUGCUCAUAAGCCGCUUUUUAGAAGUAUAAGAGUUCAAAUCCUCCAUCCAGCUCCAGCCCCUCCUGCUGCCAAAUAUAAAUGUCUUUAUAAUCCCAUGUAAUGUUCAUAUUAAAUCAAAGUUUUCCUCUGGAUUACAGAGGGAAAAAAACAGACCUAAGUAUUCCAUUAUUGUUUUUCCCAUGACCUGCUGUAAGUCCUUAACUUUUUAUUAUCACCUUUUAUUGAACAACUCUGCACAAACCUGGAGCAAACUGAGAGUUUUUACUGGAGAAGAUCCAGCCACUGAGAGAAGGGAGGUAACGGUUUGUCGACAGAUAAUUUAAGCCGGAGCUUGGAUACACAAACAAGCUUUACGUUUACAGCCGUGCUUUAUGGCAGCGGUGAGGAUACUUGUGAAACAGAGUGAAAAACCAUAUCUCUGGAUUACUUUCCAACAGUUUGGUUAAAGCUGCAGGAGAGCUCAGAGUGAGGACACUUGAAGAUGCAUUUAUCCUCAUAAUGUGCUGAUGUGCUAUUUCUCUAAACUGCCUAAAAUUGGAGGAUUCUCCGGUUCAAUUUGCUGGACCAGCACAGUGCCAAUCAGGCACCCAUGAGGCUUUAUAUUGGGGUUUGAGCAUAGGAGAGAAGAAAUAGAUUGGGGAAAUGAUGUAUACCUGAUACAUUGGUGAAUUCUUGACUAUAAACCAUUUAAAACAUUAGCCACGUUCAAAUGGGCAAAAUUUCUUGAUCCGAUUAAAAAUUUGAGGGAUUGGAUAAUCUGAAUCCACUGUUUAUAUGAGUGCAAAAUCAAAUAAUCUGAUCAUGACCUGCGUAUACAUGCACCAAGCUUUAUUCAGAUUAGAAGCAUUUGGACACGCACAGAGUUGUCUGAUUUCGCUAAAACAACCGCAGAGGAAGAGUUGUAUUGAUGUCUGUGCUGUCAACAAACCAACAAACUCAACAAACUAGUGGCUCACUCCAUCUAAUUCAGGAGUUUUUCUCCGUUAAAUGUUAACAUCUUAAAUGUUAAAUGUUCACAAUGCGAUUCAGAAUAACAAUCUGCAUAAACCACCCCCCCUCGAUCAGGAUACAAUUUCUUUCUGAUUGAGCCGAAUUGGAUCAGAAUCUUCCGAUCGACAUGUUAGCGGGACGCAUUUUUAUUCCGAUCGGGCAUUUCUUCCUAUUGUUUGUGCCCAUGUAAACGCAACUAUUGUCACCCACCCUUUAAAAGCAGUGCCCUAAAUUGGCGGCCGACAUAUUGGAAAAAGCCCAACCAUUAGUCAUCCUUGACACCAGCAAAGGGAGCCAAUGGGGUGUUCAGUGGUAUUUCAUUAAGGUCUUGUAUCACUCUAAUAAUCAAUUGUCCCAGCAGAUUCCAAUAAGCCACGAGGCCUGAUAUGUCGUCCUUUAGCACCACAGCAAUUCUGGUAGCACUUAUGCUAUCAAGUGCUAUAAUAUAUAUGUUAAAUGAUGCAUUCAAGAGCCCUGAUAACACAUGCAGCGUGUUGUGAGUCUUGGCUGUAAACUGAGGUGUGCUGUGUUUGUAUUAAACCCUACGCUCAGUCGAGUUUUUGCACCAAUUUCAGGUUUUUGUACAGACAUGUUGCAGAAACUUCGCUGCCUCGAAUGGUGAAACUUACAUCAGUAAAUACUGCAACGUGAGAGGAGUCUGGGAUGAAUUAUUUGGAAGUGAUGUUUAACAUUGCCAACUAAGACUGAGAUGGAUGGCGGCCAAAAGUGGAAACAUGUCUGACUGAUUUGUUCUGUAAAUGUCACACAGAGCUGUUACCGUGCCGGGCGCUGUUUUCUGCUUCCUCAGCAAUAUCAUGUAUCACUAACACAACCCAAAAAGUCAUCUAACAACGCAUUCAGACCUAUAAAAACACUCCUCAUGCACUCUCAGCAAUUAAUUUCACAAUGGAAACACAGCUGGAUGUCAGCCUGUGACCUAUUUGGGACAAUCACAUCAUCGCGCCCUCGCUGGAGCACAAUGUUUGAGUUGGACUGGAGGACGGCGUGGCGAUGGUCUGCGCUUUGUCACCACGCAUGUCGGAAAAGAAGGAGUGCCAUGAAAAAUAGACCUCUGUCCAGGGUUGAGCUAAUUACCUCGUGAGAAAUGGCAAAUAGAUUUAUAAGACUGAGAGGGGAACGAAAAGGGAAAAGUAAGCUAAUGGCUCUGAGAGGCAUCAAUCAUGCAGCAUGUUCAACGAGAGGCCAGAUCACCAUGGAAAUAGUUGAUGAGGGGUUUGUUUCAGUCUUGGCCUUGCUGUUGAACAUGUACAGAGAAACACGUAGCAUUCUUUAUGAGACUUGUGACUGUUUUACUGUCUAGCAAUGGUUUUUACCUGUAGGAAGGUAAGGGUGCAAGAGCUAUUUCUGAUCGGCUUUAGCAUGGUUCGUAUGCAACUUCGUAUGAGUUGAACCCUGUAGACUGGAAAGAAAGAAAGAGCUUGUUUUGAUGCUCCGGACAAAGUGAGGGUAUCUGAGGAGCUCCAUUCUGGUUCAUAAUUGAGGGGCUUUAAUGAAACUCAUGUGUAUUUCAGUAAGGUUGUUUCACAUUAAACUCAACUUGGUUUAAUAAGUCCGUAGGGAUGGAAAGUAUUUGGAGAACGACCACUAAAUUAUGCAGCUUUUGAACAAUCCUGACGGUCAGCCAAAGCCAUUGGGGGAAAUCUUAAAACAACAGUGAUGCUGAAAUUAGUACCUAAACUGUUUAUUGAAAACAUCCAUUAUCGUGGACAGACCCCCCUGGUUUGACUUUGACUCACUGCAAUUACAUCAUUUUAUUGUUUUCCUGUUUAAUGAGGUUUACGAUACACUCAGAAACCCCACUUUGUGGGUUUUAGAGUGGUUUAUGGGGGCUUUUUCUAAGUUGAAGGGCAGCUUUUGUGCUAACUGUGAGGUUGUUGGGUAAGGACUUGGAGAACUACAAAUAUGGAGGUAAAAAAAAAAACUGCAGUUCCUUAAACGUCCAUUGGAGGUUGGCACCAAAAGCCAAGGGCUCCUCAUUAACAACCACGUUACAAAGAACAUCUUCACAUUAGCCUGAUACGAAUAAAUGUUUGGUCUCUGCCUUUUAGCCUUUUGCUUAGUCAACGGUAGGGGGGACACGACUACGCGGGGACGGAGUCACAGAGUUGCACAAAGCUAAUUUUAAGAGUUCUUCGGAUCGGAUUGAGUGUCUUUAACACGCUUCUAACUCAGUGAGUCCACAUGACACAAAAUCGAAACUUGUGUACAAAAAAGGAUUUCAUAAACUUCCCUGGACAAAUCCGAACAACCCGGACAGUCCCCCAAAAAGAGGACAUGUCCGGGUAAAAGAGGAUGCAUUGUCACCCUAGUCAACGGAAAGGUGGUUCCAGAAAGGGAACCACUAUCGUUGUGCCUUCAUGCUCCCAAGUGUCUGGCUGUACUGGUUUAGACAGUUAUUAGUGGAACUGGUGAAGAACCAGCUGAAGUCGACCAGCUUUAUCUUCCCAAGUCAGCACAAAAGGGAAUAACGUCUUCAAACUUUCAGUGCCGUUGACACAAAGCUUCAACAAGAUAUACUUCUGUCAUGUAACAGCUCACUGAUCCGCUUCAGUUGCAGAAGCAGACUUGUCAUCAAGUCCGCCCUACGCCGAAAGAAACACCAAAUCCCAGAGGAGACUGAGUAAACGACGUUUUAGUCAUUCACCCAGAACACAAAACCCAGAGUUUGCGCAGCGGCUUCUGUUCUGCUCUGCACACCUUCCAAAACAUUAUUACAGAGGGUUAGAAAAGCUGAAAACCUCAAAAUAACUUUGACUUCUCGAAGGAAAAGCUACUUAUCGCAUGUUUGAGGAGAGGUAAAACAGCUUUCUGUGUUUGAAAGCCUCAGCCUGACAUGUUUACCACGCUGCAGAGGACUUAAUUUCACUGUUGCAGUUGUAAGAUACAUUUUAGCUGCAUUGAAUCAUUUCCUUUUACUGGACCUUUGAGAGCAAGUCAUGAUCCCAAUCCCGGGAUAACGUGCAGCAGGAUUUGGAAACGUUUUCCUCCAGAUCUCACGCUGCAGAUUUAUAAACUCCUCAUCUCCUGCUGCCUUUUCUUAAUUUCAUAGCGGGGCGUCUCUGACUGCCGUCUGACCUCCUCCCUGGAAGCCCUAAAAAGCUUGUAAAUCAGGGCAGGAGGUUGGGGAUGAACCUGGCCCCCUCUCUGGAUUCAUUAGCGAUCAAGCGUCCGUCCAUGAGUGAUGACCUCACUGCGCGGCGGGUACCUUGAGAGCAGCAGGGGUGUGAGAGCGAGAGCAGUGUCCUAACCAUCAGCAGAUGUGACUUUGAACAUGACUUCAGCACGCAUGCUGCAUGAAUUUCGCUCGUCUUUGUUCUUUCUGCAGAGAGACGGAGGACAGGGAGUGAAUUUUAUGACCAUCUGUAUCCUCUGAUUUCAUGCACAGCAAAGAAAAACUCAAAUCCUGGCUCAUGUUUAAAACACACCGACUCGUGUCAACGCGAGGAGCCUGGUACUGAAACGUGAGCCGGUCCAUCAUCCUGCUAUCUUUACCAUUUAAAGCUACAGCAGGCGGCCUCGUGUGUCCAAGCCUCCAGAUGGCAGCGAGCGAGAGCAUGAAACAUGAACUUGGAUACCUACAGCUCCUCUGAUGUAAUCUCAGGAAUAUGCACACAGCACCUUGUGUGUAUCGAGCCAGCUGGUCUGGGAUCAGUUUGGAGCAAAGAAGGAGGGGAGUCCAAAGGUCCUGCUGUUUCUGGGUAAAGCUUGGAAGUCUUGUUUGCUGCUGUUCGCUUUGAAUGCUGAUGAUCCAUUUCGGGGUGAACUCAGUUAGUGUCGAUAUAAAACGGAUUUUCGGAUGUCGCUUUCUUCACAUGAUUCAUACCGACAGGAUGUUUGUACUUUCCCGUACAAAUCAUGCGAUUCCUAUUUUCUGCUCUUUAUUAGUCAUGACUCUUGCUCAAUAAAUUUCGGCCUUGACGGGGAAGUCCGAUGGUGGUAACAGCCAUGGAAACAAAGCUUCAGGGGGAAGAUGAACUGAAACAAAAGCACGUCAAUGUCAUCCACUGGCACGCUGAGUUAUAAUCUCUCCAACUGAUAAAAAAGCACAGUAGCUGCUUAACGUGACACCACAUGACCUCCCCUCCUCUCCCCGCCCCGCCUCCUCUUUUAUAAUGAUUUGCAGGGCAUACAAUAAAUCUUCAUGCCAUCUGCUUGACUUAAGCGCGGCGCGGGGUGACAUCACUCCUGUGGAUCAGAUCGAGAACAUUCUUGAGUGGUGUCCUCAUCACGCUGAGAUGCUUAUUAUCCAGACCUGCCCUGUUCUUUGAAAACAGAACGCAGAGGUUUGGGAUGUUUCUUCUUUUACGAUCUGGGAUUUUUGUCAGUUAUUAAUUAUCGCUGAUCUUGUCUGUCUCUGCUGGUUCAUUUUAGUUCAGGUGGUGAACUCUGCAGAAAGUAGAGAAAUGCACGGUGCUUUUGCAGGUUUUAGGUCGUUUUCGUGAGCACGCACCUGGAUAUUGUCGAGAUUUCAUCAAAACUCUUGAAGAGGAGACACGAAUCGGCCUUAUUUAUCAACCAGAGCAAACACCUGUGCAAUCUUAUUCACAAAAUCCAACUGCAUGGAAGCGAACUCGUGUCAAACUCUUUCCUUUUAAGGCAAUGAAACGGAUUCCUCGAGCAGCAUCCCGUACGUGACGUCCCUCACAUGUUUGCAGGAAUCACACGGACACGACACAUUCAGAGAAACCCUCUGAGCACACAUAUGACACGCUGCCACUGCUUUACACGCCACCAAAACACAUCCUGCAGGGUGGAUUUUUUUCCUGAACAGUUUCAAAACAAAGAUGGCAAAAAAAGGCCAAAGGAGAACGAAGAAACCAGUAUGUUUAAGGUAGAAAAUAAAGUGACCAGUGAGUUUAUUCUACGCUGAGUGUGUAUUUCCCGCUCUGCACCACCUUUGUUUGUAUAUCUGGUCGCUUGUCGCUGCAUCACUCCCACACUGUAGGAAAAACUGAGCGUCUUCUGACCUAAUUCAGGCCGUCCAACGAGCACUCCCUUUUCAGCUUUGGCCAGAUAAAGAGCAGAUUGCUCCCCGCGCUCUGGUACAUUAGUCUGAAUCUACAGUAACAGGACAGCUGAGCCUCCUUUACUUCACUUAACCUUGAACACUUUGGAUUGUACAACUUUAUCUUCAAACUGCGGGACCUUGACUUGGUCUGAGGAGGGAUUUAAAUGAUUAAUGAUGUGUUCUCCAGACUACAAUCAAUUUUAGGAAUAAAGACUAAUACUCUAAUAACAAAACUUGGGCUGAAGGUCUUUUAUGUUACACCUUAAAGUAAAACAGAUGGCGUUUCUCUCAGUUUUGAGAACGCAGCAGUUUCCUGUUGUGUCCUUGUUUGUCUCUAUGACUGUAACUUUAAAAAAAUAAAGAGAGAAGACGCUCAGAUGGAGGAUUUCUGCCCCGCAGAUGUGCAGGUAUUCCUGCUUGAAUGGAUAGAAGACAGACGGCAGUAACACAAACCAGAUACCACUCACAUGAAAGUGUAUUUUUGUGUGCGCGCACCUACGAGUGUGUGUUGGAGACUGUCAACAUAUCACUUCACUACAUCUGCAAACUAGGUGGCAAUUAGGCCCGGAGAGUCGUCAUAGCAUGGCGUAAUGUGAUUACAUCUCCCCGACAGAAUGCAGCGAUUAGACCUCACCGACCACAACGACGCAAGCUUGUGCCGCCUGUACUUUUCCGACCUUUUUUAGACUUGUAGCAAAAAGAGAGAAAAAAAAAACACAAGCCUAAAAUAGAACUGCAAGAAACAUAUUUCUACUCUAUUGAAUUUGACGUUUAAAUGGACUCUACAGUAGACCUGUAAUAUUUAUAGUCACCUAUUAUGUCAGUCUAAGACACCUACAGAGAGGUUCAAAACGCUCCUUAUUUAUCACAUACAGGUGUCUGUAAAAACUCUCAGUUCAGCACUAUUCAACCUGUUUAGUUUGGCUGAUUUUUCACAGAUAUAAGAACAGAUGCAGCCAGUGGGUGCUACCUUUCACACAGCUUUGAAGUAGUUAAAGUCCUGCCUUUACAGAGAAUUCUUGAAGCUAACUGCUAGUAGCGCAAUCUAGCUCCAUUAGCUUAGCUGUUUUGGUCAUUUUGCUGAUUUUAACUUAGAUAGAGCAUGUUGGUGUUACUUUUUACACAUAUCCCUGUUAUGUGCCUUUUGCUGAUAUAAAGUUAGACAUAGCUUGUGGGUGCUACUUUCUACACAUUAAACUCUCUGAAAGUCCUGCCUUUACUGAAAAUCCCUAAAGCUAUCUAAUAGAAGCACAAUUUAGCUCUGUUAGCUUCGUUGUUCUGGGCUUUUUUUUUGCUGAUUUUAACUUAGAUAGAGCAUGUGGGUGUUACUUUUUACACAGCUUGCACAGCAGAAGUUAUGUCGUAGAAGAAAAUGUCUGAGGUUAGCAGUGUUUGCAUCCACUUAGCUUCUUUCUUAAGUCCUGUAAGCAUAUAUUUGCUGCUGUUACAAAAGCUGGUAUUAUAAUCUGAAUUACAGCUAGUGGUUUGAAGUCUCUACAGACGGUCUUUAGAGAUGGAACAGCAGGGACACAAAUCCAGCUGUAACUGGACUGAACAGUAAAGUGGGGAGCUUUAAUAGCAUAAGCAUAACUCUCUAUUUUCUGACUCCAUUGUCCUUCAGAAGAGAAAAAAAAAGCUUGAUUUUCCGACCAAAAGCUGAGUGAUAUUAGAGCUCUUUGUUACUUCCAAUAUCUGUCAGUGUUAAAAGAAACAGAGAAGAAAUAGUGUGCUGGUCAGUCAAACAGAGCCUGACAAAUGAGUCUUGUGACUGGGAAUCCGCAGGAGUGAUGUAUGAGCUAAUCUUCUAUUUGUGAAAGGAAAUAGCACCAAGGGUGGAGAGCCCGGGUCAAAGAGGAAAAAAUGCAGCUAAUGUAGAGUUAGCAUGACUUUUCUACGCUUGCUGUGAACCGUGCGUGGCCUCUGCAAAAAAAAAAGCUGGAGACAGGGAAUGAUGGUGAGACAGGCAUGUAAAUCCGACACUGCUGAGGAUACAUUCACCCGUCAGUAAAAGCCUAAUCUCUGUGAUUUACCCUCUUCUUGCAUUUGUUCUAGCAGGCACCUCCUUGAGUUACAGCUUGGCAAAACAUGGCAAAGGGAAGCCAUUUUUUUCCCUCCCGUCCUGUCAGGCUGGAAGGAAGCGACAGCGAGAAACUUGCACAUUACGUCCUCGGAGCUGGCAGCUGCCGCGUCUGAACAAUGAGUGUGUGCCUGCGCCGCCGGCCAAGCUGGUGUCAAGAUAGUGAGUGAAAUAUGGAGGGAGGAAGGAGCCCGCCUGGAUCUGCCAACUCAAAUGUCUCAUUGUGGCGAAUGGGCUAUCUGGACGUGGCCGCGGUGAAUUGUGCAAACAGGAGAAGUCAAUCAAUGCGGUGACAUUUCUGGCCUUUGCCUUUGUAAGGAAGACAGGAUUACUGUUGUACUGCUGUAGGCCAUUAACCCGAUGGAGAUGUUAACAUUCGGGCUUUCAUUUAACUCUUCUCAAAUGCGAAUAAUUUGAUCAGGAUCCGUCCGCAUAAAUCUUUUUGACCUUUUCUCAUAUGUUGGUGGAAAUUCUUGUACUUUUUGCCGUCUUACAACUAGGCCAUGAAAAAAGUCGACCCUGAUACUUAAAACAGCCCACAUUUAUCAUCCCUCUAAGUACGCUGAUAGAUGUUUAAAUGGUGUUUUAACUAAACAAAUGAGGUAAAACAAUUGGCGAGACCCUGGCAGAUGAACCCGCUGAGGACGUCCAUGUCAGCGCAACUCAUGAGCUCAUAUCCUGUUUCAGCUCCUGGGAGGAAGAGUCAGUUUAGCCGGGUCUUACAGGCAACAAAACCCCACCUGGGGGACCGCAUUUGGCAUAAAAAAGAUCUCUAUUGGUUAUCUUUUCUUUCUCACUGUGUGACAGGAAACUUUUACCCCUUGUGUGGAAAGUUCACAACCCUGAGAGUCACUUAUCUUGAUGGAGAACACCUUUCAGAGUGACCAGCGGGAGAGGAAAGCAGAUCUUGCAUGUUUUUAGGUUGGCUUUGGAAGUGCGAGUGCUGCAAAUAUCUUACUUUAACCGAGGAUUUCCAAGCUCUUACGCUAUGUUUUGUAGAGUCUAAGUUUGGGGCAUUUUCUACUACCUCAAGAACUUGGAGAUACUUUGGGGUAAACAUGGUGUCAUCCAUCAAACUAAUCUGCUCUCCUGAGUCUUUGUGUGCGCAGCCAUUGUUGGGAUUUUAUAGGAUUUGUGUAAAAUUCAAAAUAGCACUUGUAACUGUCUCAGGGUGUUAGGAAGCAACUGAUUCGGCAGUGGUAACCGUUAAUUAGGGAUGUUUAUGGGGAGCAGGGUUUCAUUUACUUUUCCCUGACGGAGUUUGCCUGACAGAGACCAAAAAACAAAGCGGCUGUUUUGGUUACGUGUUUCUCGUGAAUGCAGCUCUUUAUUUGUGGCUGAGGUAUCGUACAAACUUUUAUGAUUUAUCACCUCAAAGGAAUCUCAGGAUGUAUGCUUUCUUACGGUGUAAUCCUCGUGUAAGAGAGGGGGACAUUAAGAGUGUCGGUUUGUGGUUAUUAAGGGAGUGAAAAAUCUGAAGGUUGUAUGUUGAGCUGUUAAGACGGCGGUGGUCGAGUCUCGAGUUGUGAUAUAGAAACCAACAUUUAAAACUCUGGGGAUCGACUCUUUGGCGUGGAACAAUAGAAAGCUGUCAGAGGGACCACCCUGUCGUAGUGCAUCCUGGGCUUUGACAAAGCAGGAAACAAGAGCCCACAGUCGGGGUUUAAAUUCCCUCCUCCCCAAUCUGAUACUAGGUAGUGAAAAUGAUUGAUGAGAGGGUUUUCCUGUCCGGUUAUGAGGCUGCUGAGUAGCUGGCACUGCUGUGUGUCAGGGUUGAGAUAUGAGAAUAAACAUUAUCUUUUCAGGCACACCUUUUCCCUCAGUCGUAAUUGCUGUUUUCAAGGAAACGUUUCAAACUGAAUAAUUAUGUAACUAUGAGAAAUGCGUUUAAUAAAAGAUUUUGGACACGGGCUGAAUCUUUUACAAGCCCGCAAAGCCUCUGCGAAAACACUCCUGAAAUGAAAUUUAACUCUCUAUAAUAUGCAUGACUUCACAGAAAACCAAAUUCUGUCUUUUUAUGGCGAGACAGGAAACCAGCGCGACAAGCCCGAUGGCUCCCAUGCUUAAUAAGUUACCUUCACCGACCGCAAAGUGUGCAAUUGAUAGCCUGAGCUGCAGUAUCAUCGCAGCAAGACAAACACCAUCAACGUCCUCUGAACCACGCUCUUCCUCCGAGUCAUUUCCAGGGUGCAACGGUCUUUUUCAACCAAGCCCAAAACCUCAAUUGUAACGUAUUUCUCCAAGAUUUAAUUAUCCAGUCAACUUAGUUUUACUCGAAAAUCGUCUAUUCUGAUGUUGCCUUGACCCGGUGAGGCGCCAUGAAGGCCUGGCGCUCACUCUGAUACCCUCGCAGCACAGACCGAUGAAGACGUCCAAUAGAUGUGAUUUGAUGAGGUCGCAGCAGAAUUUCAAGCCUGCCCAUAAAAGAUUAGAACGAGGAAAUCAGACAAGUCCAAGCGACUGAUAUCUCAGGGCAAAUGUUUUUGGGUUUGAAACCCAGCAAAUCCUCCUGGCAGUGACAGAGGUGAUGAAGGAUGGUGGGUGGGUGGGUGGGUGGGUGGAUGACUAAAGGGUGGAAAAACGGUUUAGAGGGUCUAUCCGGUUUCAGGAGCCUCUCAUGGUUAGGAGAAUUUGAAGAAAAGGGAAGUAUCCAUGUCAGAAAGGCAAGAAAGGUCUGGUAGUAAACCUGCAAAGUUUAAUGCCUUAUUUCCUCUCAUUUCUGUGGCUUAAUCACCCUGACAUGACAUGAUGUUUUUAGACACUUAUGUUGUCUUGUAUAAUCAGCCAAAGUAAGUAAUAUCAGAGACGCAUCUUUCCCUGUGUCACCUGUAAUCUGAAUAAAAGCGCUGAGGGAUCUGUGAAGGGUUCCCGUGAUGUUUGAGCACGCCGAAAAGAGGAAUGACAUCUGCGGUUUGGAUUAAAACCAAACACAAGAGAGAAUAAAUGCCAUGCCUGCAUCUCUCUAAUUUUAUGUAAGUAUAGCGUGAGCUCAUUCCUGAGGCGCUCUCCUUUUUUUUUUUUCAAACAAAGAAAAUUAUGAGCUCAUAUUUCGAGAAGCUGUAUAUUACAGCCAGUGUUGUACUCGGCCCAAAAUAACAUAAAACUCUGAUUUAGCAGCUAUUCUUUCGCUCUGCAGGGCCGUGGCGUCCUUUCAGACGGACUGAGCUCCGUCCAAACUUUAAUAUUAUAAUUUGAACGGUGGAUUUUCUUCAGCAAAGGAAGGUUCAAAUUAAAUGCAUUUUUAGAAAUCUGUUUUUAUUUUGAGCCAAAAUACAACCAGAAGUUUUUCAAAGUUGAGGGUUUUGGAUGAAUCGCAGAGGGCAGAGGUUAAAAAGCAGGCAUUCAAAGUAAAGGUUCUUGGCGUAAAAAGUGCUGCUGGGGCGACUUUUGGGAGCUUGAUCCACGUUAAGCCCUCGCUGCUGAAUGGCCAAUAGUGAACCUGGUGUUGCAUUAGGAGCUUCCCUGGUGUAUUGAGUUUAAUGUACAGUAUAAAACAAGAGAGUGGAGAGAUUCAGCCAUGCAUAAUGCACAUAAGUUCUUUCCGUUCUUGCAAAAAAAAAAAAAAAGUUUUAAAACAUAAUUAUGAAAAGAAGCUCACAAGCUGUCUGUGUUUGACAAAUCUGCAAGCAUUACGGGUCAUAAAAUCAGUUUUAGGGAUUAUAAAGUUCUUAUUAAAGUUCCAAAUGUUGUUAAAAACUAAGGGGAUUGAAGUGAAUCUGAGGAUCAGCUCGACGAUGCCAACAGAUGUCCUCACAUAUUUCAAAUAUCUCGUAAAACCCUCUCAAGACUCGGCGUCCUGCCAGAGCUAAUUGCGCUAAAAGAGAAUAAAAUCACCAUCAAUCCUCAUCAACGCUGGAUGUGGACAAAGCUAAACCUCAUAACCCUCAGCGCUCAAAUGCCUCUCUGGAUCCGCUCCAGAUGUGAGCCAUCUGUUGUGUUCAGUCACUGAGGUGAGACUACUCGUGUCUAUCCAGACGGUGACAUCACCCAGAACAGAGACGGGCUCAAAUCCAGCAUUCAGGGCCCUUCAUUAAUAACCCCGCUGAUCCAAGGCUUUCAGGCAGCCCCCUCUACGUGCACCAAGGUAUCCCACUGGUGCACUUCAUCAACGUUAUAAGUGUUUUCUGCCACAGGGAUCCUAAUGCAGCCAAGAGACCAGAAAACAGCAGGGCUGCGCUGCACGAAACAUGCCCCUUCUCUCUACCGCCCCAAGAGGUUUUGGGUUUUAUGGGCUGGCGUGGCAUGAAGUCAUGGUGAAAACAGCUACUAAGGAAGGCUGAUACGACCUGUUUGAACCAGCGGGCAAAAUAAAAGAGGAGCGAAAUGAACAGGACACUUUUCCUGAGACCAGUAUGUGGCGUUUUUCUACUAAACGACUGACUCAAGUCCGAAAUUUUGGCGUUGCGGGCAGGAGCACAGCAAGUUUUGGUUAGCGCUUAUGACACUGGUAGUCAAAGAGACUAAACACAACUCACCUACUCUCUUCCAGUUUGUAUGGAGACCUCCAGGCGAGUCCAUCGUCUGCAGCAGGGUGACGCAGCUCAAGGAAGAACAUUUAUGAUUAUUAUUUUAGCAUUUCCUUUUAGUAAUAAUCAACAUAUUAAUCAUUUUGUAGACGCGGUAGUUCUUCUGCCCUAGCGUCUCGGUCUGAUUGUAUUUCCAUGAAGAAAUGAUCAUAAAUGUUGUUCCUUGAGCUGCGUCACCCCGCAGCAGUCCGUAAUGGACUGGCCCGAGGUCUUGCAACAAACAAACGGCUCCUCAGACCGCUGUGUAUUGCUAUCGUGUGGUCGUUACUAAAAUUGGUAUAACUGGAGAAGCAAAAAGUAAACUAAUUUUAUGCUGAAAUAUCCCUUUAAGACACUGUCAUACAUCAGGGACGUGACUCCACCCCAUCCAGUCCAUAACAAAGAGAAAAAGACAGGUGAGGAGAUGGAGGACGGUUCAAAAGUUGUAACGGCUGAAGUAGACAAAGUUAAUGUGGGAGGGGGUGAGCAACUUGUGGAGUAGUUAUCCUCCAUUUAUCGUUAUUGAGGUGAACUGAUCAAUAUAUCGUGUUAUUGAUUUAAGGCAUUUAAUUUAAUAUCACCCAGCCCUACCUUCUUUAGUUUAUUAGUAUUAUGACCGCCAACGUUGACAGAAGUUAAUUCAGAAUAUUCUCAGUCUCUGCAGAAUUCAAGAUACAUGACAGACAGGAAGCAGCUAUUAAGUUUUCUCAUCAGGAGUGUAAUCAAACAAUCAUGUUUCCACAAACUCUACAAGGGAUUGAGUGAAGUUUUUUGCAUCACUCAUCCUCCAAAUUAAAUCAAGCCAUUUUGUGUAGGGACUGAAAAACCCCCGGGAAACUAAAAGACGCCAAGAAAAACAUCUUCUGAGGGAUAUGAAUGUGGGGAUGACAUAAAACAAUCCAUGAGAAACUGAGGCAAUGACGUGGUGGAUAAUUGGUCUGAGCUUCAGUCUGCUUCUCCUCAAUGAAAUUCAGAGACAAUCUGAGGCCGGCUGCCAAGUCAUUGGAAUAAUGGAAGCCACGACGGGAAGUGAACAGACAAUAGAAAAAGCUCAGGUCCAGGAUCCCAAACCACCGCCCAGCCAGGGUCUCAUCCCCUCUGAGCUCUCUGGGAGGGGAGUGAUGUCAUCCUAACACACCCCAGACUAACACAAACCGACGAUCCGGCAGACAUGCACUCGCAGACUCACAGUCCAUCACGGCUCUUGUCUCGCUUAAGUAAAUUCCAGCGUCACACCCCACAUCCCGAAUCACUAUCAUUUACAUUCCUCCUGAACAUAGAGAGGUGAGCGGUGAGUGGGAGGAUUCAGGGUGAGCCUGCAGCUGGCUGAGCGUGAUGGAAAGGCUGAGGGGAGAGCAGGAAGAUAAGAAGAAAGAGGAAAAGAGAGGAAAGAGGGGAGUAAGAAGCUUCUAAUAGACAAUGUAAAGGAAGCGGUUGUAAAUUUAUACAACAGGCUGUAGUUCCUCGAGGGCAAAAAGGGAAAUUUCAAAGUGUUGUAAUCUCAGAAUAAAACUCUGCUUUUAACUGCAACUGUGGCAUCAGCGCAGGAUGUCGAGGAGAAGAAAGUCUUGUUCAAAAAUAGAAAAUGAAAACACAGCAAAGUAGAAGUGACACGGAUCUUCGAGCCAGUAGAUAAUGGGAGGUACUAGGGCUGGGCGAUAUGGCCUCAAAUCAAUGUCUCGAUAUAUUGAGCAGUUCACCUUAAUAACUACUCCACAAGCUGCUCACCUCCUCCCACAUUAACUUCGUCUACUUCAGCCGCUACAACUUUUGAACCGUCCUCCAGCUCCAGCUACGUCUCCAACGUAGGACAGCGUCUCAAAGGGACAAGAGAUCAUAGCCUACCUACACACAUCCAAAAACAACUUUUAUUUAUUUAUUUAUUUGUUUAUUUGACACUGAAUAUAUUGAAAAAUGAUGUUGGUUAUUGUCGUUAAUUUCAGUAUCUGUAAAUUUUUGGUUUAUCGUCCAGCCCUAGACUAACAUCGUGUUGUAUAGGUUAAUUUUUUUGUCAUAUCAAAGUGGUAACAGCAUGGAUCCCAAAGUACUCAGACCUGCAGAUAUUGUAAUAGGAAAAUACCGUACCCUAUCAUAAUGUAUCGUAAAAUGUAUUGUAUUAACACCUACAGUAUAGUAUCAUGUCAAAUCCUAACAUUUUGUAUCGUUCGUAUCGUUUCAUGUCCUUUAAUUUCGCUCUGAACCUGAACUCCACAAACUAAUCCUGAUAGUGCGAGUAAACUUUGUCAUGCAGCCAGUAAUUAGCAUGCCAAAGCUCGCUUAAUUUUGUAUAUUGGUUAUUGUUAGCAGUUUCCCUAAGCUAGAAACUGCUUCCAGAGAAAUAGUCGUCAAGCUCUUCCAAAACGGCAAAAUCAGAACAAUCAGAACUUUAAAUCCUGCCGGUUUUAACUAUUUAGCGAGGGAGUAUGAGUACAGAACUUUUCAAGGAGUUGGUCAUAUUAAUGGUGUUGUGAGGUGAUGCAAGCAAAGUAGCCAUAGCAACUGUAAAAUGUAGUUUGUCUUGGGUUAGGUGGCUACUUACAUCGAGCUUAAGUAAAUAAAAAUGAGGUCCCAGUUUUGUCUGAGUAGUAUACCGAUUAAAUUUAGAAACUAGUCAAGUGUAUGUUUAUUCAGUUACUCAGAAGUGAACUGGUGUAACAGGCCAAAAAUAAUAAUAGAGACACUAACCCUUAAAAAAUCCACUUCUUGGCAAACUCAACACCCUGCAAAGGUACAAUUUUCUUCCAAAAAGGAAGGAAACUGCCAAAGGUUUGUUCUCGAGUCCCUUUCCUAUCAAACUUGUUUCUUUGCAGCUCAUCUACACUGACUCCACUGACUCAAACUGAUCCUCCUGCAUGACAACCGGCUGGAGCUGUCCCCUCCACCCGUCCAACGUUAAAUAACAAUGUGAUGACACUUCUAUCAUCAGACUCGGCUUUUGGACGUCUUCCAUUAAUGCGGUUGUGAAAUGAUGAACACAUUGUGAAACCCAUUUCCUGUGUUUCGAGAUGUUGGAAAGUGUUUGUAGAUAAGUCAGGGAAUGAGUAAAUGGGACAGAUAUAUUAAGUGGGAGCUGACUGUGCUGUAGGCCUAUCAUUUAGCCCUGAUUUUUCCCCAGAACUUGUAAAGAUGUGUUGGAAAGAGUGGGUAGUUUCAGUGGAAACUUGGUCAGCUUGGUGAAAUUUUCCUAUUUUCCAGUACACUCUAUAAAAAUUGAAUCUUCAGAAAAUGCUUCGUGUGGAUCCUUCAAGCUGUGCUCCUGUGGCUGGAGGUCACACUACUAUUUUCGAGGCUAAACCAGUAAUCAGAUAUGUAUGGCCCUCCUUAAACAUAGUUUAACCAGAAGAAGUUCUGAAGUACUGUAAUCUGCAAGAGUGUAAACACAACUUUUGUUUAGAGGGCAAGGCUGUGACGCUGAAGGUAUUAGCAUAAAAUCAGCCUUUAUCAAAAAACUGAAUAUAGGAUUUACAUGGACACAGGUGUGAAAAACGUAAAGGGCUUUGAGACUUGACAGCAGGGGAAAUCUCAGCUUCUUUAAAUCUGAUUAGAGGGCCACUCGUGUGUGCCUCCACAGACUGCGCAGGAUCAAUGCUAAUCCAUCAGGAAACCAUCAAAGAGCCUCUGGAGGCAGAUCCGCCCUCUUCACCUGACAGCUGGACAGAUUACUGUGUGUCGAUGUGUGGAAGCGUGCGUGUAUCACUUCCCCCCUUUGUGUGGAUUCGCCGCCAAAUAACAAGAUUAUUACCCUAUUGUUUCUUGAUUGUCAGGGUGUGGAGGCUAACAGGAUCAGCACUGUGUACUUGUUGUUGUGGUGUGAUUGCAGGAGUCUGGCUCUUGAGCUCUAAAUUGCUUUAAUGGACAGUGUGGGGUAGGGAUUCCUACCCUAGGGGGCACUUUUACAGCCACAGGGGGUACUUGGACGGAUAAGAAGAUAAGCCUGUUAUAAAAUUAUAGCUUGUGGUUUGAUAGAAGUUGAAUAUGUCCAAAUACUAACAACUACAAUAGCAACUUUAUUCGACUAAAAAGUUACUUCAAAAUGCAGAAAAGUAGGAAAAUGUAAGAGUUAAAAAACAAACACGUUUUUGGAGUUUGCCUCGGGAAUUAAUGAUGUAUGCAUAAAACCUUUACGCUGAUGUUCAGGACACAUCAGAAAUAAACCAGAGUGUCAUCAGUGUAAGGGUCUUAUGCUGCGUUCCAGUUGUACUAGGAAGUCGGAAUUUCCAAGCUCCGAAUCGGAAAUUCAUCUGGAACAUCCCCCUGAAGUCGGCUUUCCUACUCAGAAAAGCCGGCCGAUCCUCACCAAUUCCGACAUGACGACUUGAUGACAAGAUCAUAAUCCAAGAUGGCAGCGCAGUGCAUCAACAGUAAAGAGUAACAGUGAAAACUCGCUUAAUGUUUUAUUUAUUAGCACUUCUGUUUUGUUUUUGUGAAAUUAAAUAAGUGAUUUAUGUUGUACUGCCCAACAUCUAAAAGUAAAAUACUGUGUUAUGUGCUGUUUAUAACUGGUAUAGCUAACAACAACUAACAACUGCUGACAACCGCUAACAACAACCAACAACAGCUAACAAUUGUUAACAACAGCUAACAACGGCUAACAGUAGGCAUCCAUCUUGGUUUUCCAACUUGUUAACUGGAACGCUGUCAACUCGGGUGUAACGUCAUUCCCAGCUGCGACACCCGACUUCCGAGGUAACUGGAAAGCAGCAUUAAAAGAUGCAAUAUUUGAUGGGAACUGGAUAAAACACUCAACACUAAACAGCCAUCCAAUCCCUGAUCUUUCCACUCUGAAUGGUUUUUCAGUGUUUGGCCCAAAGGUCAUUGAAAUCCACCACAACUGUGCAAACAGCGAUCUGAACAUCCUCCUAAAGUGUUUGCGAUUUACAUCAAAGUCCGGAGUGCUGCAGGGUAAUGAUUAUCAGCUGUACCAAUUGAGGGCGGCAGACACACGCCUACCUUGUUGACUACACACUCACACAUUUGCACAUGCACACCCCUCUUUUUCACACCACCAGUGUGAUCCUUUUGUGUGGCACUAGUCUGGAAAUUACAGCCUGUCUACCUAAACCCAGCCCUUCAAUCUGAACUUACAAGAUUGAUUCCUGCCUAUAAUUUUAUAUCGCCUCAUGGUGCGGUGACGUGGUUCAUUUGUUAUGCCGGGAACUAUUUGUUCCUAUCUUCAGAGUCAGGCAGCACAAGCUCAUUAUAUCUAAUUUAAGCUUUAACUUUUAUGACCUUAAGCGGACAUUUUUAGAAAUGUUAUCAAACUCAUCCAAAGAAAAAUAUACUCUUGGACUCUUGCCAUUUGAAGCUACAGGGGAUGAGUAAAAAGUGAUAAGUCACUAUUUGUUCCUGUUGCUGGGUCAUUGCAAACUAAUCGCUCCGACUCUUCUCGGUGAUCUCAGCUCACUUAUUUUGUUCUGGAUCAGAGUGCGACUAGUGUGCUUAAAAAUAUCCUAACAACCCACGCCAAAGAAAGAAUCACCCCCGGUGUCUGAGGAACUUCUCCAAAUAAUCCAGGUGUAAGAGCACCCUCAGUUUUUUCCUCUCUCAGAGUGGAACCAGGUGCAAAGUUUAGUAUCUUGUUUUAAUUUUAUAAAACUUCAGUAUUAAAAAAUAAAUCAUAAUUCUCCUUUCUAAUGGAGUAAUUAGGGAGCAAGAGAGAUAGUAUGGAUAGUACAAAAGGAACCAAAGGCAGGGUUCCUACACAAGUAUGGAAAGUAUAGAGAAGUAUGAAAGUAAUUCGAUCAAUUUCCAGGUCUUCAAAAGUAUUGUAAAUGAAAAUAAAAUACGGGAAAAACAUUCAUGUUAACAGACUAUAUUAUCACAGUUAUAAAAUAUUGUUUUCUAAAAUAGAAAAAUAGCCAUUUCUUAAAAAUAAUUUGAGAAAGUAGGGUAUGAAAAUGUAUGGAAAUUCCAACUGUGCAGAACCCUGAAAAGGGAAGUUGAGGAAAGUUUGAGGGGAGUAUAAGGAGGCAUCAAGGGGAGUUAGUAGGACAUAUAAGAGGGAAGUUCGAGGAUAGUUGAUAGAGGAGUUAGGGAAGAGUCCAACAGGACUUGGUAAGGAACCAAGGGGAAGUUUGUGGGAAGUUGACAUGAAGUUUAAUGAAGUUGGUGGGGCAUCAGUGAAUAACAAGAGGGAGCUAAAGGGUAGUUCGAGACGAGUUAGUAGGGAGAGUACAAGGUGGGUUCAAGGGGGAGUUGGUGAGAAGUGUAAAAAAGAAGUUGAGGGAAGUUAAUGGGGCAUCGGUGCAGAAUAAGAAGGCGUUAAAGGGUAGUUCGAGAGGAGUACGAGGGCAGUUAGUAGGGAGAGUACAAGGUGGGUUCAAGGGGGAGUUGGUGAGAAGUGUUAAAAAGAAGUUUGAGGGGAGUAAAAAGGAAAGCAACAGGGAGUUGGUGGGGGAAAAGUUUGAGGGCCUUUGGUGGGGUGUUUUAAGGGGAGUUAGAGGAAAGAUUUAGGGACUUUGGGAGGACUAGGAGACAUGUCUUCACUGUAAAAACUUUUGAAGGUUACAUCUCAGAGAAAGAGGGACUCCAGGUCAGGCUGGCCCUCUUUAAUAAAUUCGCAGACUUACAAAAUGAGACAGGAUGCGAGUUACUCCAAACAGAAUCAAAUGUGCUCGAAAAAUAUGAAAUGAGUAAUAGAGUCAGGGAAAACAGAAAAGUACAGCAGGUUUCAAAAAACAGUACAAACCGCGGAUGAAUCAUACCCACCUCUAACAGGGAGUUACAACUAUUUGGACGUACAACAUGUCAACACAACAACGAACAAAAGGUCUCCAGCCAGAGAACAACGAUAAAAAAAGGGGUUUUGGCCCUACAAGGCCAGAAAAACAUCCACAUGAGGCUUUUUUUAGUCUGGCGGUCAAACUCGCGUUCCAUUUCAACCGCGAGGCCCAUGCUGAGGCCGGGCUGAGAUCAGAGAGACGAGGGAAAACAGAGGUGAGGGACAGAAACAGAGGGAGGUAAACAAACAGAACAGGGAAUGUGGGGACAAAAAGAGAGAGGGAGCACUCAAAUGAGAGACGGGAGAAAAAGGAGGAGGCAUGUGGGUUUGAUUACAUACCGAUGAUGUCAUGGAUGUAUGUCAGGUAAUCAGCCCGGGGGUUGUGUAUAUCGCACAAGCAUGUGUGUGUCAGGGCAAGACUGGGCCUCGGCUGCAGAAUGGGCGGUGUGUGUGUGUGUGAUGCCCAGCAGAGAUCACACUCAGCGGAGAGGCCGAGUGUGUGUCUUUGUCUGGUUUGAUAAGCUCCCUAACACUCACAGACUUACACACAUCCCUGCGGGGGGAAGACGAGUGUGUCAGUCAGCUCCAGCGGAGGCCGUAAAGUCGCCGCGUUCAGCGAUAGCUCUUGUUUCCAUCUGGUUUGGACAUUUAUGGCUUAUCAGAUUCAUGGCAGAUAUCAGGUACCAGCCGCACAUAAACACAAAAAUACACACUCGCGGACUCAAACGCAGGUGCACUUUCCUGCAAGCUCUUGCAACACUUAACUGCGCUCGUAUAGCAGCUGUAUUUUCCAUCAUGUUGAGUCCGAGGCGGUGCAAGUAACAGAAAUCAAGGAUAUCCCAUAUCAUGUGUUCACUCGUAUAACCUUUAAAGUGGAGGCCAAGUUUUUGUGGUCGAAACAGGAAGUCGAUCUCUUUAUAUUCCUGGUGUAUUAGUGUCAACGUUUUGUCAGUCCAGUUUGAGCGACAGAGUCAAGUUUUCAAAAGUGCAAUCCAUGUCAUGUUUGUGCAAGACUUCAGUCCGGUUUCUACGCUAAUUAUUGCCCCACUUUCCACUUGUGCACAGGCGAAUCCAUGCUGGAGAUGAAGCUGAUCGAUGCUUGCGACAGUUGAUUGUACUGCAAUUACGACCACAAAGAAGGAAAAUGAGGGAACGCUCGCUGCUUCGUAGUAAACAUAAAUAACCCCAUCAUCUUCGGCAUCGCUCGUUUGUAAUCUUGAAUUCCCAGAAAGUUCCAGCCCACAAAAAAAAAUUAGCCGAAUGUUAAAAUACCGGAAGACGCUGCUUUGAGAUUUAACAACUGCUCCACCAAACCGCACACGUUGCUCAUGAAAAAACCAAACCUCCACAUUCCUCUGAGCGCCGUCAGCACUGUAGUCAUCCCACCGAGGUUACAUAACACAUCUUCAUCCUCCCACUAUUUGUCAUCGGGUCGAGGCCUGUCACAGCAAACAUGUUUGUGUGGCCUGAUCUUGUGUUUGAUCCCGGACAUCUGUUUCAUGUGUACACCGCUCAGGGCCUCAAAUUUGUCCGGAUCCAGAAAUAGAGUCUAAUUUUGGAUGACCGAAUUGUUUGUUCCACGAACAAACAAUUUGCUGCGAGGAAAUGGGAGAGAGCAGAAAACUAAAAUACAUCAUAGCUUCGAGGCCGGAGCUCGUGGGCUGAUGUUGAACUCUGUGACAUUGAAACUGCUAUUGAGUUUUAAAUUGCCUGAAAUCAUCCCGCUUUAACCAAGUGUACACCAGAGUUCCCUCUAUUCCCAAGGCCUCGUUACUUUGAAGGCUUCAGCGUGCUUCAGGAAAAAAAAAAAAGCUCUCUCAGCAAUCGGGAGGUUUUACUUCCAAGUGGAAAGAGGGAUUGGUUUUGCUGAAGAGAGAGAAAAAGUUGAGGCUUGUGUCACAGUAGGGAGCUCCGAUUUGUCAUUUUUGUUGUCCCCUCCAACUCCUCCACACUCUGAUCUUCCGGCCUCCAGCUGUCAGCAACAGAUGUGACAACUACCAAAUGGUGUUCACUGUGUUAAAGUCCAAAAAGCCCUCAAACUUGGGUUGUUUUCUUGAGCAAAAUGGUGAGUUCCUGCCUAGAAGUCAAUGCUAUCUUUGGCUCCAAUUGGCUUCCAUUGGCAUCGUUGGCACUACCCACUGUUUCCACAGAGGCUCAUUCAUUACUGUCCAACAACCGUCUCAUCCGAUUGGUCAAAAACUGUGCGAUUGAUUGUGAUUGAUUACAUAAGUUGUAAAGACACAUGUUUUUGGUUGACUCUUUUUAGGAAUUCACGAGUCAUGUCUGGCGCUUCACUUGAGUUGACGAACUCACUGAGAUUGAGUCACAGUUUUUUUAGAUGCUAUUUGUUGUUGUCAUCAAUGUAUGAAGAAUACCUGAGCAACAAGUUUGGCCCUGACUGGUUCCUUCAUGAUCUUUUGGAGUAUUGUUUCUUAUCAUUAUCAUUAGUUUUAUGCUGGAGAUGGAUGACAAUAUGAAGGGGAAUACCACAGAUUUGUUACAGAUCUGAGCUUUAUUUUUGUUUGGCGAGGUCAUGACUUCAUGUUUAAUCUCCGUCAUUUUAUUGCUCAAAGAUGUUUGUUUGUUUCGUGAAACUCUUGCUCUAAAACAAUCAUUAAAAAUAACAUCUGUAUCCUUGAGUUUGUUUGGCAAGGCUUGCAGGUUAUUAUUUAGGAAAUGUGACCUCAUGCUUUGGGCAGCCAUGACAUAUUUUACUCAGUAGGCAUGAGACAACAACAGAGUCUCGGCUUUGUUUACUCGCAUGGCUGGACUUCGUUAAAGCUCGUACGUAUUUCCUGAAGUAACAGAAUGUUCUUUGUUUUGUUUUCAUGCAGGGUAAGUAUAUGUGACUAACUCGCUGUCUUAUUGAAUGUCAUGCGCUGUUGCCUUACAGUAAACAUGAAGUCCUGCUGUUUUUGCAGCGUUGCUUGAGUCCCCUUCAUGUUUGUGCACAAUGCAUCGUCUGUUUUCCUUUUAACAAUAGAGACACUGACGGUUACGGUCUGGCUUUACUGAUAAAUCUGUAAAAUAUUUGUUCCCGCUCAGUGAAAACAGAAAAAGACACUUUUAAAGGUGGGUGAUGUAACGUGAAAAGUUGGAUAUUUAAGUUAAGACUAGGGGAUAAUGAUACGAACAAUGAAACCACUUCUAUACACUCAGGUAUGUCUGUUUACUCUUCUCUCAAAAAUCUCAAAAAUUACAAGGUAAUCUGGACUGAUAUCUGGAUCCUAAUCGAAACUUUUAAGGACUUCUUCCAUUUUCAGCCAAACCUCAGAGGAAAAAGUCCCUUUUUAACCCUCCUGCACAUUGUUUUUAUCAAUCUAGUAAUUUAUACCACACAUUUCAAACUUUCUCAAUUGAGGUGAGUAGGGUGACCAUACAUCCUCUUUUACCCCGACAUGUCCCCUUUUUUGGAGGCUGUCUGGGCUUGUCUGGCUUUGCCCCGGGAAGUUUAUAAAAUCCUUCAAAUGUCCGUGAUUUUGUACGCAAGUUUUCGAGUUCAUGUCACUUGGAUUUACUGAGUUAGAAGUCUAUAAAAGACACUCAAUCCGACCCAAAAAACUCUCAAAAUUAACUUUGUACAACUCCAUAACUCUGCCACCGUGUAGUUGUGUCCUCUUUUUGGGAAGUCAGAAUAUGGUCACUCUAAGUUAGUUAAAUUUAUAUCCUCUUAUGCUGCCUUCCUGCUGAGGUUUUUAUAAAAUUGCAGUUCAGUAUUUUGGGAAAUAUGCACUUCUACUCAUCUAUUUAUGAAACAUGAAAGCAGAACAGGCAAGAAUGAGAUUUGAAACCAGUUUUUGAGACAUUUAAAAGUUAAAACAUAAAGACAUACAGAGUAAACUUUGUAGAUGCUUGUAGGGGGACUUGCUUAUCUUGAGUGCGCUGUGCUAACUUCAUUUUGUGCUACGCUAGCAAAAGUUUUGAAUUUACUGAUACAGGUACAAGGCUAGUAUAUGUAGCUCUUGGCAAGAUGGUGAAAAUAUCAAACAAGUUUCUUGACAAAAAACACAAUAUUUAUCUGACAGUUGCUUAGCUAGUACUAGAGAUGUGCAAGUUUACUUGAAUUAACGUCACCACCAAUGUGAGUCAACGCCUGGAUUACUAAUCGGUUGAAUGACUUGUAAAUAUUUCAAUAAUAUGGGCCUAAAAUGUAGGGAUAUGUUGUAAAUGACAUUAGCAGGAGUUCUCACACUGGUUAAUCAGGACUACUAUCCUAGGGUGACUAUACUCUAAAUACCCAAACAGACGACAUGACUAACCGGCGGUGGAGUCACAGAGUCGCACAAAGUUCAUUUUGAGAGUUUUUUUGGGUCAGAUCGAGUGUCUUUUAUGCGCUUCUAACUCAGUAAGUCCAUGUGACACUGAACUUUCCUCCCUGAUACAUUAAUUUUGGGGUUAUCUGCAACACUUGUUUAGAUUUAAAGCUUUUACAUACAGAAAACUGCGGCUCUAUACUUCUUUUUAAAAACUGUUCUUCAUAAGUUUAAAUUAAAUCAAAUGGUAUCAGCGUUGUUAACACUCCUCGGUGAAACUCAAAGACUUGUGUUACAUGUCUUUUCUUGUUCUUCAGCAUUGGUCUUGAUUACAAGACCAAUUUCUCAUUAACUUUACGAGUUUCUUCUUCUUUUUUCUCCUUUCUUGGCUCCGAGUGUUGACGAGAGCCAGAGGGGGGGAAACACUGAAACUCUAACUCCUCGUCUCUCCUCACCUACAUGCCCUGCCUCCGGAGCAGUGACAGCUCCGGCAGAUAUUUCACACAUUACAUACGUCAAGAAAAACCCUUUCUCCCCUCUCUCUCCUCGGCCACAUCCUUCAGUUAAACAGUUACGAGCACUUACACGCAGCAGCGAGCACACCCCCUUCUUGUGAGCCUGUGCGAUGCAAAGCUCCAUAUAAGGGCAUGCUGAUGAUGUAAUGCUCCAUAGGCAGGGAGCACAUCCCUUAUUGUUUGGUCUGAGUGCAGGAAUGCCCACAUUACAGCUACUCAGAGAGUGAGGCGCACGCAGAGAGGAAGAGCCGAGGGUCGAGUGUCGUACGGCGAGAUAAUGAGUUUAUGGCUGUGAAGCAGGGGGAGCUUUUGGCACAGGUAGGCUGCAGGAACAUUCACACUAAACUUCUGGAAAACCUGUCGCUAGUUUGUUUGGCUUGGAGGUGCAGAAAUAUUGAAAUUAUCAUAAUUUCAAGCUGCUGUUCUUCUGAACUUUGUAAGUUUUACUGAGUGUGUUGUCUCGUGUCUCUGGAGUUAGUUUUUUGGUUUAUUUCUGAAAUGUUUGACGGUUUUUGUUAAACUGUAAAAAGCUUUUCAUCUCAGCCAAAGUUUCUAAAGAUGAUCGGGUUUGAAAUUGUGUUCAAAAGUUCGUUUUGUAUCUUUAUUCUUAUCUCAAAAGGAGGUGGUUGAAUCUAAUUUUUCUAACUCCAAAUUUAAAUGAUCUCUGGAAAUCUUAAGGACAUGGUCGAGCAAAUUGGGAUGAACUAUUUAUGGAGUGAAAGAGCAGUGAUUUUAGUGUGGCCACACUGUACAAAAGAAACUAGUAGUUUGAAAUGAGAAAAAGUUGGUGUCCCUUGAAAUAAUAAGUUGAGAUUCAUUCAUUCAAAACACUUUCUUUGUCAGAUUAUCUCACUUGUACAGUUUGAUUUAUUGACUUAGCAUUAUAGUCCAAACUGGAUGUGAACCUCCUUGUUAAAAAGCGACAGCUGCAUCCACAGCUUUGUGUAAUCACAUCCUAAACAGCCUGUAUAUUUGGGCCAACUUGAAGAUUUAUACUCUCUGUUUAUCACUUUUUCCGGAUUGGAAACCUUCCAUUUAUUGAGGCGACUUCACAUGUUCACAAGUUAUCUCAACACUUUGACAGAGUAUGAAUCAUCUGAGGAGUCUUACGGUCCAAACUUUGGACCUAAAUGAGGCUCAACUUUGUCUGAAAGUAGUUUGAAAUUCACAAGUAGGUCUCCUGUGCGUGAAUAUGCCAUGAAUUCAUGAUGGAUGGAUGUGGAAAAAACACCAGCAACCAAGUUACAGAUGAAAAAGUGUCAAAAUAACUAAACAGAACUCAUAUUUCAGCAUUUCAUGUGUGCAGCAGAUGCCUGUUUCAAUGGAUUCUCAUUAUCCACUUGGUCAUGUUUAAACAAAUCAUCAUAAACUAUACAUGAACUGAGAGAGCAGUGAUUUUAUUCUGACAAAGUGCCCCAAACAUGGAGCUUAAUGAGGCUCAGUCUUGCCUGAAAGUGGCGUUGAGUAUGUUGCAUUCACAGACCUAUCUACUGUGCAGGAAUUUGCCAAUAUUACCACCAAAAACAACUGAAAAAGUGUUAAAAAAAAUUUGAAACGUGCGUGUGUUUUGGCAUCCUAUAUGUCCAGAAGAGUAAGUUGCUAUGGUUACGGAAAAAUUAUCCUUGCAUAAACUACUUUUUAAGUAUUUGUUUACGCACAUAAUUCUAGUUUUUGCAGAAGAGAUCAGGUGCAAAAUCUCUGUGACAGUACUUAUGAUUUUUUUGCUUUGAUUGCAUCGACAAAAUCGACAUAUCUCAAUUUCUUUUUCAACUUUUGCCCACUUUUCUGAAAAUACCUACUUAACCUGCACACACAGCCACAUGUUGGUAUAUAAUCCCACUUGCAGGAAGUUAAUAAACAUCAGAGCUGCAUAUUUUACACGUUAAAUGCACUCUGGGGGCCGAUCACUUAGCCUGUGUGGACUUUAAACACAGUCCACGCUCUGCAACGCCACCCACUUCAAACUGCAUGUGUGUGCAUGAACAGCACAUAUCAGUUUGUGCACAUGACCUAAUCACUCGUGGAGAGGAAAUGGCCCUGACAUAUGGGACGUGUAACACGGCUUUAUGCAGCCGGUGAGCCACAGUUUCCAGCUUCAGGAGAGGGAAGCCCUCCAUAAAGCUGUGAGUCGUGACUCUUGGAGCCAAUUGGUCCCCACCGUGUCUGUUUUAGAGGCAGCUCUGUUAGCGCGCACUGGGAAGAGAGGCAGGAUUACACUUGCAGAAACGCCAAAAACAAUCCUGUCGGGUUGAGAUAUCUCACAUUUGGGACGGUUUUCUUGUGACACAUUUACGACACGCAAAGGUAGUCAUGCACCCGAUCUGAAUGCGAAGUUAUUGCCUGCUGAAAAGGUUGCACAUGCAGGCUGCAGAGUGGGUGGUGAGGUGACUUGUAACGCUGAUAGCCAUGAAGCUGUUAUGUCACCGGCUUUAUGUGCAGCUCGGUGCAAUUUAUCCCUCUGAAAUAAUGUUCUUUCCUUCUGCGCGGAUGUCUGUGCAAAAGUGCAGCUCUCCAACGAUGGCGAGAUAAAACAUGACGGGAAAAAUGGGGCGAAUGCUUUAUAGAUUAAUGUGCUCCCUAGAUGCUUCUCCUGACUGAAAAAAGCUGGUCAGAUAGACUGCUGUUACAAGGUUUGUUUUGCACUUCUAGGUCUCAGAUGUUUCUUUGUGUCUGUCCUAAAUAAGAAAAAAGUUCAGAAACGACUGACCAACGUUUACUUUUGCACCACAAAGUGCAUUGGGAAUACAGGGAUGUAGUAAACCGUGUAUAUAAAGUGGCUAAAAGUGAUUUAAACGCCGCGAGGGGAGCGGUGUAUUUUGGGCAUAGGAGCAGCUUCCUCUCAGUGGAUUUGCUUUUAUAAGCAGAAAGCGCCCUCGUGUCACUUUACAGGAUUUAUAUCCAGUUCAGGACUUUUUUUUUUCAAGAGUGAUAGGCAGCUUUUCCAGCCCUACUAGGGAACAAAGUACAUUUUUCUUUCUAUUUGGGCAAAUGACAUCAUUCGAAAACCACCAGGGACCGAGAUAAGACGUUGAAUAAACAGUGAUUACGGCCGACGGACGAAUUCGCAGGAGAGAAGUCGACCUGUUUGCUUAGCAACUUACCGUUGCUGAACACACAAGCCAUUAGGACAAAAUGUCAUUUUUCAACACCAAUGUUCCUCUAGAUAAAGUGGUUUUACUUUCCCUGCGUUUGGCUGUAAAUCAGAGUCCUUGAAAAAGUACGAAAGAUAACCAAAGUGUUUAAUCAGCACUUUGAGCAGCCGGUAUGUAUCAAGGGCAAACUUUGUAUCAACACAGUUAGACAGGAAAGUAAUCCCAACCAUGGGAGAGUACCCAGACCUGUAAGUGAAAAUGGGUUUACAGAAAAGGGAUUACAGUAUCUGCCCAAAGUCCUUCUGCCUUAAUUUCAACUUUAUAAACAUCUGAGGGGUUAGAUUCACCAAUUAUUAACAGUUAUAAAGGUUUCCUGUUUCCAUGUGUUAAAUAACCCCAAAUUGAAAAAGCUCCUGUGAGUAUUUUUAGCUGGUUUUGAAUUCAUCUUGUCAACUCUUUAGGGGCCAAAAAGUAAAUUAAGACUAUAACUGAUGACAUAUAAUUUUGUGUUGACGCAGGGUAGGCGACAUAUAAAGUGACACUAUUAAAACAGUCUUGUUCACUGUAUGGAUUUAUGUCGUUUAAAUUACACAAAAGUUCAGGGAAAUUCAGUAAAAAGUUUUAAAGUAUCAGUUUAUCCACAGGUGGGCUAACUUCAACAUAAAUCAACAGUUCCUUACAUGAGCUUGAAGUAAAGUUUUCUUGCAUAAUUGAAAACUUAUUCAUAGAGUGAUGAGAUUUAUCUGUGUGUAUAGGACAGGCAUUGCUUUGUCUACAGGGGGCGCCAAAAUCAACAUAAAUAAAAGGUUCCUCACAGGGGCUUUAAGAUGUAGAUUAAAAUCAGUCAACUCAACUCAAGUCCUCAAGACAUAUUUUCAAAGUAAUUGCAACCACUGUGGGUUUACUUUCUUCUAAAAAGUUCAGAGUACAGUUUACUCGAAAUCAAGUUCACAGCUAAGUUUAUGAGAGUCAUACCAGCACGUUUGCUUUAUGAAAUGUAACCACAACAUAAAACAUCCCCUAACCCACUCCGACCACACUAAUGAUGAAGUUUUAUGCUUAUCCUUAUAAUUUUUUAUGAGGUUCUUAUUUGGUCUGCAUGUAAUUGCACCACAUGCUCCCAGUCACACGUGUCCCCUUUGAGCUUCCGCCCUUUAGCAGCUACUGAAAAAACAGAUGACACACACUCCUCUGCGAAGACGUGACCCGCCCUACCACACUGACAUCAUGGCCCACGAUCUGAGUUUACAUGUGGAAUCAGCGCUCCCUGAGAGUAUUCUGUGUAAACUCUGAGGGAUGGUAAUUGCCCCAGAAAGCAGGGGGAAUUCCUUUAAAUGUAUAAGGAAAAAAAAAACGGGAGGGUGGUUGGUGGUGGUUUUGGGUGAGGGGGGUGGAGGGUGGUAGUGGAGGAACCCCUUAAUUAAAGGAUUGUUCCAUGCCAGUGGGCCAUCUGUGUGGAAAUGCCUGGCAGCUGCACACACGGCAGUCAUAACAUAGCUUCCCUUGGGGCUGAAGGCACUCCGGUCUGGUGAUGUAUGUAUGUGCCAGACGCGCUGACCUCGACUGCAAACUUUUAGUAGUUUGGGCUGGUCCAGCGGCACAUGUGCGAUGUUCUUGGACAUCAUUUGAGUACUUAAUCACCUGUUGUGGUUUUAUAUGUAGAAAAAAAGGCAUACAAGUAGCUGUGGGAACAUGAAUGUCUCAUUUUUCCCAUUAAAAUCUAAGUCCUACUUACCUAUCCUCAAAUUUCUGGAAUUUUGAGAGCUAUAAUCUUUUAAAGUUUGCCCCCUUAAACUUUGCUUUUGUUAUCGUGGUCAAAAACAUCCUCAUAUGUCCGUUGCUGUAAUGCUCGUCUAAUCCAUUUUUAGUGUUUAACAUCAACAGUUUGGCUUUGUUCCAGUCUUUGCCCAUUAUUUCCCAAAGGGCUCAGAGAAAGCCAUCUGGUACGCCCCUGUAAUACUUAGGAAACUUUUUGAAAUUCGCUGAUUGUAAAACUCGAGGUUGGAUAUUUAUAGCAGUAACUCAGGUUUUCAAACUGUUGGACAAUUUGUUGGCAACAAGGGAAUGAAAACAAAUUACCGCAGGUAUUCCAGGCUACCAGCUUGGGGAGGGUUUAAUGCUUUUUAAUGACGUGUUAAAUUUUCCAUGACAUUAAUUGUUUAGUUUUGCUGAGAAAUGCAAGGAGAGUGUUUAUGAUGUGUCAGUGUUUGGAAAAGUGGGCCCAAUGGGUAAUGCCAUGGGGGUGUAGUCUCUCGAGCACCUUUUAUGGUUAUUUCAAGCUUUAUAAAGUAGAAACAACCUAUAUUUUAGGUUCACCAAAGAUUUUAAUGGGUGUUGCUGCAGGUUCAAGAAGAAUCAAGUGGAACAACUAUUUUUUCUGGAUUGCUUGAUGAGUAACGUUUUCCCUCUCCAUUUUUCUACAGGUUGAAGCUGUUAAUUGAUCAAGAAAAGGCCUACCAAGAAAGAAAGGACGACGAGAGCAACAAGAAGAUCUUCAGUCUGAAGGAGGAGCUGACUAAACUCAAGUCAUUCGCGUUGAUGGUCGUGGAUGAACAGCAGCGUCUCACUGAACAGCUGAAUCAACAAACAGCCAAGGUCCAGGAACUGAGUGCCAGCGCUUCCCAAGCCCAAGAGGAGCUGAGCUCAGCUAAUGCUCGUCUGCAGGAAGAGGAGCAAAAGGUCUGUCGCUUGGAGGCUGAGCUGCGUGACCAAACGGGUCGAUACCAUCAGGAACAAGACACCAUGACUGCCAAAUUGACCACUGAGGAUGCUCAAAACAGACAGCUGCGCCAGAAACUGUCGGCUCUCAGCAGGCAGCUUGAUGAGCUGGAGGAGACGAACAAAACCCUGCGAAGAGCCGAAGAGGAACUGCAGGAGCUGAGAGACAAAAUCAGCCGAGGCGAGUGUGGAAACUCGAGCCUCAUGUCUGAACUUGAAGAGCUGCGGAAAAGGGUGCUUGAAAUGGAAGGGAAGGAUGAGGAGUUGAUCAGGAUGGAGGAUCACUGCAGGGACCUCAACAAGAAACUAGAGAAAGAGGCCCAUCAGAGCCGAAGCCUGAAGGCAGAGGUGGACAAACUCAACAACAGAAUUAUGGACUUAGAGAAGUUAGAGGAUGCUUUCAGCAAAAGCAAACAAGAAUGCAGCUCACUCAAGAGUAAUCUGGAGAAGGAGAGGAUGGUGUCAAAGGUCCUGACGAGUGAACUGGAAGUCUUGAAAACCAGGGUCAAAGAGCUGGAGACUGCUGAAAGCCAGCUGGGAAAGACAGAGCUGACACUGAAAGAAGAUUUAACUAAGUUAAAGACUCUUACAGUCAUGCUGGUGGAUGAAAGGAAGACGAUGGCGGAGAAGUUAAAGCAAAUGGAGAACAAAGUCCAGAACAGCACCGGGAGACUUCAGGCGGAACAGGACAAAGUUACGUCAGUCACUGAGAAGCUGAUCGAAGAAAGCAAGAAAGCUCUGAGGUCGAAGGCUGAGCUGGAGGAGAAAAUGUGCAGCGCCACCAAAGAAAGGGACGACUUGAAGGCCAAGCUGAGGGCUGAAGAGGAAAAGAGCAACGAUUUGGAGUCCAAGAUCAAUAUGAUGAAGAAACGGCUGCAGUCACUCGAGACGAUUGAAAGAGAGCACCUGAGAAACAAAGCCAAAGAGGAGCACAUCAAAACACCUAUCGCUAACCGCUUCCAGCAGGAAGACAACAAAGUGAAAGACUUGACGCAGGAAGUUGAACGCCUUAGACGCAAAUUAAAAGACAUGAAGGUGGUGGAAGGUGACCUUUUGAAAACAGAGGAGUUUGAGUCACUGGAGAAAAGAUUCAACAAUGAGCAGGAGAAAGCAAAAGCCCUGAUGGAGGAGCUUGAAAUAUCCAGGAAAGAACUUUCAAAGUACCAACUAGCAGAGAAGAAAGAGUGCAACCAAGAGCACGUUCUUUACAAACGUUUGAAGGACGAAGAGGCAAAGUCUAGUCACUUGAGCAGAGAGGUGGCAGCCCUGAAAGAGAAGAUCCAUGAAUACAUGGGAACAGAGGAGUCCAUAUGCCGCAUGAAAAAUGACCACUCAACUCUGCAAAGAAAACUGACGCAGCAGGAGGUCAGGAACAAAGAACUGGCCAGGGAGAUGGAGACGCUCACAAGAGAGCUCGAGAGAUACCGUCGCUUCAGCAAAAGCCUGCGCCCUGGCAUGAACGGGAGACGCUUUUCAGACCUCCAUGUUUCCACCAAGGAAGUUCAGACAGAGCCUCUUGAUCUCAUGUCCCCGAACUGCAAGACAAUCGAACCGCUGGAACGUGCCGUGGUGAAUGGGAAGCUGUACGACGAGAGCGAACCUGAAGAUAACGCAAACUACAGCAACGAGCUCCAACUCGCCAAAUGUAGCCCCUCGCUAAUCAAUAAUGUUAAUAACCUGAACAACAACUUGAGAAGAGCUCGAGUGCCGUUCCUGAAAAACAAAGACACACCCCAUCAGGUGAAUGGGAAAGUGCAACCACGGCAGAACGGUAACCACGUCCAGCCUGGGGAUGUCGUGUUGACCCACAGUCCUGGGCAGCCUCUGCACAUAAAAGUGACCCCUGACCACGGCCAUAACACAGCAAUGCUAGAGAUCACCAGCCCGACCACAGAAAACACCCCGUCAUUCACCAGCACUGCGGUCAUACCCACAAGUGGCGGUCCGCCAAAACAGAGAAUCACCAUCAUCCAGAACGCCUCCAUGUCCCCGACUGCAAAAUCCAUCUCCCCAACAAUGAAAUCCAAAGGGUCCCCGAUUUCUGAUGAUCUGUGUUCACCUGAUAGGUCCCUUUCACCUUUCACCAUGGCAACAUACUCCAGAGCAAUGACCCCAGACUCCUGUGGCUCUGUAACACCAGACAGAGCCAUGUCGCCCAUACAGAUUGUGUCGGUCACAACAGGCACCCCAGAUCGUUCCCUCUCCACCGAGCCGGUCGAAGUCGUCGGCGGGCACGCCGUCUUCCGUGUUUCCCCGGAAAGGCAAACUAGCUGGCAGGUCCAGAGGUCAAACAGCACCGGGCCCAAUGUCAUCACCACAGAGGACAACAAAAUCCACAUUCACUUAGGGAGCCCCUUCAUUCAGAGCAUCAGCACUCCGACACAAACACUGAGUCCAUGCCACACGCCUGGACUCCAGGAGCAAAGAACUCAGGUGCUCGCAAAUUGCAGUACCCCUUCUCCCAAAGGCAACAGCAAAAUCACAAGUAGCAUCAUGAUUAAGCCCACCACCACCCCAAUCCAAAGGCCAUCACAAAUAACAGUAAGUAACGCCUAUGACUGACCUGAUAACACCCAAAACCCUCCAUCCCAUCCUUUGUUACUCAACCUGCCCAUGAGACCCAGUGCCACCAUAGAUCCUUAGCCCCCCGACUCUAUACCCUGAUGCAUCUACACGUCUGUUUUACUUAAUUUAUGUGCUUAAAACAGGGUUUGAAUGUCUUCCUUUGAUUUUGUUUGGUUUGCUUGGUUCUGUGUGAUAUCAUUAAAAACCAUUGUGUGCCUGCAUGAGAUAAAAAAAAAACAUUUGAAGCACUAAAAAUUCAUUUUUUUUGACAUAACACAAGGUCUUAACUUAUGUGCACUUACUGUAUUGUACUCAGUGGCUAAUUUGCCGUGUAGUCAGAUUAUUCACACUGAUGUAUCGUACCAGUUUUUAUACUUCAUAUUAAACAUCUUGCAUUAUGAUUUAAGUUGUUUUUGUUUUCUGGGGGUCAAAGUGUGCAGAAGGAAAGUGUUAUGUUUAUAGUUUGUCACCCAUGCUCGCCAAUUUCAUUUAUUCACUAAAUCCUGCAUGUUUUGAUUGUGUAAGAUUAAAAAGUAAUCAAAGAAAAAUGCAAUCAGAUUCAGAUUUGAUUUGAUUUUUUUGGUGCAUGCAAAGUAACUUCAAACAGUUCAGAUGUUUGGAUUUAAACAAAAAGACUGACAACACUUUGUUUGAUCGAAUUAAAUAAUACCCAAGUGGAGUCUGAAACCCUUUGUGCUCAUACUUGACCAGAUUACAAGAGGAAAAAACCUCUCACAUGUACGCCUGUUUGAGUUUAAAUCAGAGGCUGGUGUUGGAGUUUCUUUGUACAUCCAGAGCGCAGCAGUGACCGAGAAUGAAAACCAGCAUGACGUCAACUUGGAGUUCUUUGGGAUGAUGCAAUGGAAACUUAGCUUGAAACCUUUAAAUCUCAGAGUGGUGCCCCACAAAGCUGCUGUUUGAGGUAGAUCUAUUCUAAGAAGACGUGGGUCUAAUUCAGUGGAUGACAAAAACAUUCAGGACGGACUAAAAACUUUGCUAUCUCUCUGCCUGUAUGAACCAGAACUUUUAGAGGAUGUUCAAAAGAUAAGAUCUUAAAUUUUAAACCUAAAGUCUUCCCAAGUUACUUUACUUUGACAGCUUGAGCUACUGAAGUGAAGCACCAAAACUUAUCGUCUACUAAAGAGGCGUAACUUAAAUGUCCAAACAUAAAAACUAGAAAUCAAGAGAAAAUUCCCCUUUAUGAGCCUUUAAUAGAUCCCUGCACCCCUUUGAACCCACUUUAACAACCUAAAAUUCCCUUCAGCGAACCCUGAUACAAUAACUGGCUCUUCAAGGCUCUAAUAUCUGCUGAUGGCCUAACCUCAGAGCUCUUUCAGCAGCGAGCCUCACUUGGGUUGUAACCCAAAACGUCUGUUUUAUUUUCUUUCUCUUAUGAAUCAUGUCCUCUGAAAUGACUCAACACUUAUGUUUCUUCGUGUAUACGCAUUCUUGUACUUGCGGCUUUGUGCGCCCACGGUGGAAACCUUACCACAAACGUGCGAUUUGUUUAAAUAGAAUCAGCAUUAUUCGUUUAGAGGAUUAUUUCCUCUAUUGUGGUGUGAUUAUGAAUUUUAUGUCUUAAAAACAAAGCCAAAUUACUCUGAAAGCCCUAGAUCUUCAAAUCAGGCUCAUUCAUAAAACUUGAUUCGCUUAAAAACAACAUUAAUUUAAAAUACCUGCACUUGUUUUUAACUUUUUAGCCAAAAAUUUGCUAGAUGUUCAUUCAAUUUUAAGAAAUCAAGCAAAGCAAAGGCUGUGAUAUAUAUUUUUUUUCAAGCUACCACUGCGUUAGUGUAAUUUCAGAUGGAUCAAGACAACUGCUGCAGGAAACAGGCGAAACAAACCCAUCACGAACAUCCAGCAUCCACACAAACCCAGGGUGACAUGCAGGAGACGAUUAAAUCAAGCAUUAAAUUGAAUGAGUGUGAAGGAGCGCAGCUGGAGAAACCGGAUCCGAAUCAGUCUGAGCACGAUGAGAUGAUGCAGGCCGAGGCUAAACAAGAUGCUAUUCAUUAAAACCGCUGCUUGAGAAGGCAUGCAGCAGCUGGGAUUCGCCGUCUGCGACCUCACUUAACCCCCUGACUCAGACUCAGACUCGCUUGAUUCAUAAAGUACACUCAUUAGCCAAGGGGAGGAUCUGCGCACGGCAUCCCUGCCAGACAGAUAAAAUGAGUAUCAAGUGACACGCUGGAAGCCAGAGGGUUAUCGCAAUGAAAAUCCUGCAGAGAUGCUGGCUUCUGUGGGCUAAACCUGAGGCUGUAAACACACUUAAUCACGAUGAUACAGUCGAUAAACACCAGGGGAAACGAAGCCGGCAAAAUAAGCCGGCAGGAAAUGAGAAAAAUAUCCAAUAAAUGGUGACAUUAUUCAGAAUCAGGCUCACGAUAAUCAGGGUUGCUGCACUUUUAAAAGACUCAAAUAAAACACUUUUAGUGACACUUCCAAUCCUCACAUGCAUUUAAAGAUAAAAACAGUCGUGAACAGUGAAAUAAGUUAACCUGGACAGGACUUGACGCUAACUUUUUUCACAGGGAGCACAUGUGCUCCAAAGUUGAAAAGAAGGAGCACACAAAGAACUUUAGGGGCACAAUGAAAUUUGUCUUAUUGGUCGACAUAUGUACGAUUAUUUGAAAUCAAUUUUAGGUCUUUUGGUCACAUGACAUGGAAGCCAUUGAAGAAAAUGUUCAAAAUGUCCCUUUAAAUUUAACACAAAAAGUUUAUGAGGACAAAUUAGAGAAAUAAGGAGGUGUGUCUUAUUGGUCGACAUACGUAUUAUUAUUUUAAAUCAAUUUUAGGGCAAUUUGUCAAGUGACAUGAAAGCUGUUGAAGGAAAACAGUCUUUCUGGGAACAUCAACCGGUAAUUUAUUGAUGGUCCCUUAUUUAACACCCGAAGUUGACAGCGUGGGUGCCGAGUAGAUUUAACCGCACUGCUGUUGCUAUUCCCAGUUAUGGAGACUGAGUAGGCACCGGUAGAUCCGCAGCGAAUGUUCGUCGAAUAUCCAACCUAAAACUAACUUCACCACGAUGUUUACAUUAAAAAAUAUUUGUUGCCUCGGCUAAUUUUUUUGAUGCACACAUGUGCCCCUAAAUACAUUUUACAAUUCGCAUACAUUUAUUUUUGUCGUAAAUGAAAGAAAAGAGGGGGUUAGCACGAGUCUGUAUAAGCAUGGCCCAGUCUAUACCUACGCUAGGCUCAGGAAUGGCGCUGGAAGUUCGAAUAACAGAUGGUGCUGCAGGGAGCUACACAUGUGCAUAAAAAGUACACAUUUCUGAACACAAUCAAAGUAGACACGCAGAGACUCCGUUGAAAAACACAGGUGUGACUUAUAAAAAAUUAGCUACGAAGUGUAAGUGUGAAUCCUGCAGUUCCACAUCCAAACACUAGAGGCCGCCUCUAAAAGCACUUGAAGCCGCCCUUUUUUUUAAAGAGUUUUAACAGCAUAACACACAGGUUUUACACUUUAUAGCUGUCAGCUAGUCACCCAAAGGCGACUUAUAAGGGUGACUUAUAAAAAAUUAGCUACGAAUUAAAAUUGAGCGCAAACACACGUGUAAGUGUGAAACCUCCAGUUCCACAUGCGACCGCUAGAGGCCGCCUCUAAACGCACAUGAAGCCGACCUGUUUUCAAAGAGUUUAAACAGAGUUUCACACAGGUUUUACACUUUAUAGCGGUCAGCCAGUCACCCAAAUGCCCGCCUCAGCGCUUGCCAAAACGCUGAGUCAGCAUUUCCAAAAUGGCGAACCACCUCUAAAACCAAAGGGGUUGACGUCAUUGAGACUACAUCCCUGGUGGUGUCUCCAUCUCCAGGCGAGAGCGGAUUUCCUCUCACAGAGGAAUUCGCUCACCUUGACCGACAGCCGCAGUAAAAACCGAAAGCAGACAAUAAAACGCCGGCGGCGCGCUGGGGCUUUCUCUAAACAAAAGGCCCGUGAGUGUGAGAGCAUAGUCACUUUAGAAGUAGCCUCUCUCCCACUGCAACACCAGCACCAAAACAAACCUCCUGUUUGGUUGCCGUAGGAACAGCAGCGCCUGUACUCCAGAGGAAGUACUUAGCUGAACUCCUGCUGCACCGCUGAUAUACGAGAGAACAAAGCCGCACAUUAAGGCCUCUCUUCCAUGUAAAAUCAACAACACUCCCUUGACGUGAAGUCCCGCACAGAUUUUCUGCACCAUUAGCUCUCCUGAAGCGCAGGCACUACUUACUCUGAAAUGAAUACCCUGGUAUGAAUAUUUAAGGACGGAGUUGACUGCAGAUUUUGUCUUAAUUCUUGAAAAACCCCAAAGCCGCACGAGAACACAUCCAAGUGGUUUUUGUCUCAAGCGAGGGGUUUUGUGUUGCCUGGGAAUCAAGUCAGAGAGUGUGUGAUGAAACUGGUGGAAAUAGUGGAGGAGUUUUCGGCUUCACUCAGCUGCUGAAAUGUGGAACACAUCGAUGACACAGUUAGUCAAAGAGGUAGCUCCAGUUUCUGUCUGUCAUUAACACGCCGGCCUUCGAUUCUGCAGAGCUGCGAACUGCUUUUCUCUUUGUUACAUUUGCAUUUACUGAUACCAGAAAAGCCGCAGUCAUAUUCAUUAAACGGGUUAUUCGAGGGGAGGAAGCGCUCUUUGCAAAAAAUGUAAUGACCUUCUCCAAAUGUGCGAAAAAGGAAAGAGCCAGGCUGUGAAAUGAAACCAUGCGCCUAGAUAACUUUGAAGAAAAAUAAUUGGCUGCUUCAGGGACCAAAUCGCUUUCUGGCAGUAGUUAGCAGGCAAAGUGUGAGCAUAAAAGGUCCAGAGAGACUCCCCGAAUGUGACUUUAGACUCUUCUGGUGCAGAGAUGAGUUUUGAAGUUUUGUCGUUUUCAUGAUUAAUAGAGAUGAUUGAGGGAAGUGGACACGAGUGCAUAACGAAAGGAAGAUAUCAUGUACAGGGACAGGGGUUACGGUUACGGAUGCUCUCCCUGGGUUUUGAAUCUUCUACUUCUGAGCCGUGCUGUUGUAACACACGCAGAUUUGUAGGUUUUGCAUCUUUUUGCUGCAAAAAGUCACAACCUGGAUGGCACAGCUUAAAAAACUUCUCCUCGUUGUAUGUUCGUAACUCAAUCCUGCUCGUAACUUCGCAGAAACGUGACUGUGAAUGUCUCAUUAGAGUCACUGUAAACAGGAGAUGGUUUCUGCCGCACGCUGACUGAUCUAAACUGAUGUACCUCAGCGUCCCGGCGCGCUGCUGUGCCUGUAAACACGCUGAUUAAAACCUUGAUUGGACAGUAAGCGGAGCGGCACGUCGUUUAAGAUGACUCCCUGUCUUCUAAGAUGAGGAAAUAAAAGCCAAAAGCCGGUUUCUAGGCGACAAACUAACAAUGUUGUUCAUAAUGGGAAGGACUGGGGCUAUAUUGGGAGAAAUGGGGAAGUAAUUUUCGACCAUUAGAGGAGGAAAUAAAUGGAAAACUAUUAAAGAAAAGAAGUCGCAGGACUGCAACAGAUGACUCCUUUCAUUCUUGAGUUAUGUUCAGAUUAUUCUCCCAAUUAACAUACAAAUUAGCUGCCAAGAAAAUGACAGAAAAUGACCCAAACUGACAUGAAUUACUGGAGAUGAUUAUUACAGAAAGUAAUGACUGUGGUGGUCGAACGUCGAUUAAAGCCAGAAGCUUCAUUUGGACUUGGAACAUGAGCGCAGAUACAGAGUAUUCAUGGGAUCUGGUUACUUUAGAGAUGAUUCCUGCAGGGAUAAAAGACUGGCACUGUGUCCAUAUACUGUUCAUAAAAUAUGAUUUAAUAUCAUCUAGUGGCCGUUAUGAGUACUGCAUGAAUCAUUUCCUGCCUCUCUUUCUGAUUUUCUCUGCAAAAACAGUAUUUCUGCUGUUUCUCAGACUUCUUUGUCUGUGUUUCUUCCCUCACAGAUACCUCUAGAAGCAUUCCGCCGACCAGGACCCACAAGAAUCCCCAAACCGAAGGGCUACAGCUCCCAGAAAGCGACAAACGGCACGGCCUCAAACAUAGGACUCCAGAAUAAGAGCCAGACGAACUCAGCCGCAGCGCAGUCUGCAGCGCACAGCAACAACAACCCACAUCUGAUGAACCGCAGACUGUGAUACCGUCACUUUAAAUGAACUUAAGAUCAAAUCAUGUGAUAAGUCAGGGUAGAAGAUGAAAAUAUCUCCUAAAGAGCAUCAAAAAAACAGGAGAAUUCAAACUCUGGAGCUUUAUUCUUUCUAAUCCUGCAAAGGAACUCUUCCUCUUUUACCUUACUCUCAUCUGUGGUGCUGAAAACUAAAAAAUGCAACAGGUUUUUGUAUCGACGUGGACGUGAACACACUGUGUUAGCUGUAAAUAAACGUGCAGAACACUUUAGAAAAUAGAGUAUUUCAUAUUUACUGUCAGAGAGGUGCAGACGUGUGAAGACGUCAGGAAGGUUAAAGUACAACACUGAGUUUGUAACGUGUUUUUGAUGGUUAAAGAAGAUGAAUGUGUCUCUGUGUUGAUCUUUGGUGAAAUAAGUGAUAGUUUGUUCAUUUUAAGAGAUGGAGAACUUUGGUAUUUUUCAAAAAAAAGUGGCAAUAAUGUACAUAAGUGUAAAAGUGAUGUGAUGUAAAGCAGCUCCUUCAUAGUGAUGAUCUGUAAAAUGUGAUAUUUGUGUUAUUUUGGUUAACAAUAAAGACUUUUUAUACUUGGAAUAAAAGCGUUUUUACACUUACUGAAAAAUAUGGAAGUUUGGAAAUGAGGAAAACAAAAACAUGUGAUAUUUAGGAUUUAUUUUGAAGGUGAAACUCGUGUAUAUUUAUGUCUAAAUGUGGAUGAUAAUGGAAUCACACAGGUGAGGGCCGCUACUAGAUCAUUUCAACUCGCGGAGUUUAGACAAUACAGAUAAAAACAGGACUGCAAACAUCAUGAUAAACAUUUUCUACAUCCACUCUGACUGAAAGUUUAACUCACCGAAUAAAAAAAAUCAACAAAAUUUGAGGAAAGUGUAAAAAAAAACAUUAAAGCAGUUAUAACUCUGAGCUGUAUCUGGUUGGCAGUAAAAGUCAGGACCAAAUCUGGAUGAGCAACGUCGACGAUUUGUUAUUUUUUUCAGAGAAACUGAUGAGUGGAGGUUUUGGAACCAGUGCUGCAGGAAACUAACCAUAUCUACCGUAAUAUUUGGUGUAUAAGACCCACUUUUGAGGCCUUUUUCGCCGUCUAAGAAGUGAGCUGAAUCUGUUACAACUGUGCAACUAAAACAGCAGAGUAAGGCUGGUGCAACUCCAGGCAGGUAGCCUUUAAAAUAUAGAAAUUUCCAAAAGUUGAACUCACUUAUUGUCUGAGAAAGAGCUACACAGUCGCACUAAAACCACACAUUGUGGACUUGCACAUGAAGACAGCUUUAAAGUAAAUGUUUGAUUUGAAAUCUUUUGGUUUCUUUGGUCAAGUUUGUGUUUUUCAUCGUUUUAAAGCCGUUUUUUUAUCGUUUGUAUUGCAUGUUUUCAGACCAGAUGUAAAUUAGCUUUAUAGCUGUGACUAACAUUGUAGACUGUAACGGGUUUAUUUUGUUUUGUUUACUGUAAUUAAUAAAUCCCAACAGUGUAAAAAAGUUGUGUAAAAUUUAAAAGUAAGCAUGAUAAAAUUAAAUGUUAGAUGGAAGGUUGAACAAUAUGCAGAUAAUAAGGUAACUUCCAUGUGUUUCAAAAAUACAACAGCCUAUUUACACAUUUAAACACUACGACUAAAAGUUAAAGUGAGAGUAAAAUCCACUCGAGUGUUUGUGGCGAAGAGGCGUGUUUCUGCUAAAGUUUGUGUCCCGUGGCGUCCUGACCUCCUCUUGUC